AGAGCUCUUGCUGUUCUGAUGUUCUUCAUUGUAUUGGUCUCUAUCAUGAAUAAUUGCUACAAGCAGUUAAAAAAAGAUGCUCUUAAUUGUCUCUCUGUACUUAAAGAAAAAAGUAUGGAUGUCUUUGUUGAUGGCUCAUCAAAUAUUCAGAAAUAUUUUGGGGUUCAUGUCUGAAACUCAACUUUUAAACACUAUAAAAACAGCCCUAAUGAGCCAUUACUCUCCAGCACAUGGAAUGAUGGCCAGUUAAAAAACUUUAAUAGCUAAUGUGAUCAAUACAUAUAAAAAUAGCCUCCUAAUGGUAGGUUCAUAAAAUGAUUUUGAGGAUAAGAUGUGAGACUAUAAGCAGAUGUUCUGUGGUGCUUAUAAGAAAUAGCAAGCAAUAGAUCUGAGUGUAUCUGGGUGCAACAGUAAUAACAGGACAAUAAUAAGCCAGACUUUAGUCAUCCACUACAGUAUCUGAAUUAAGUAGUCAUGCACACUUGAACCACUGCAUUCCAAGAAUUUAUUGAACUAGAUUUUUGCUAACUGGGUAGUUCUACUUUGCUACUGUAGUUCAUGAAAAUCCAGUAAGGGCUGUCUGAAAUCUGGAGAUAAUGAUAAACAGUCUUGUUGGAAAACAUAUUUUUAUGUAAUCUGUUGUGAGAUUGGAAGAGCAAAAGUGACUCAUGUCUCAAGUUCCUUAACGUUGUAAGGAUUUUUAAGAGCUCCUUGCUGGCACUGCAGCAUUGAUCCUGAGAGGUAAUCAUUGCUGCUCCUGAAACAGGCACUCAGUGCAGGGCUCAGCUCUGCUGGGGACUCUGCCUUGCCUGGAAGUCAGAGGAGCUCCCACUGUGGUGUAAGAGAGGAGAGCUCAAAGAGAGUGCAGGUGUGGGAAAUCACUGGUUCGCCAGAACCUGAGGAUCUUUAAUGUAACUCAUUUCCUGGUAUUUCCGUGUUUUAGGGUUCCUUACUCAUUGAUUAUUACUUUUUCUUACGAGUGACUUUUGAAUAGUAAAAGGGUUCUCUGAAUACAUCUGAAAAGGAAGUGGUCCAGAUAUAUUAUUUUGUGAAGUAAGGGGGGAAAAGAAGCAAGGUUAAUUAUAAUUGAGGAAUCAGCUUUGAACUUUGGAAACUUUUUACCUCUGGAAUAGACUUUUUUUCCAUUGGGAUAAGAGGUCUGUUUCUCUUGGUAUUUUGAAUAAUCUUCCUUAAGAACUUGUCAUACAAGGGGAGGACAAUAAGUGCUGAAUUAUAGCAGAGAUCCUAUAACAAUGGCUUCGACAUCUUGAUUUAUACAGAAAGAUCAUUACAGUCAAUGCUGCUAUCUUAAAUGCAAUUGCAGUGACCAAAUUUCAGAGGCAGUUAUUUCAUGUGCUUUUAAAUUACAGUGCAGAUUUACUUGUCUUUUAAAGCUGGGUUUAUAUGUAUUUAGUGCUUCUAUUUGAUACAUAUUUCACUUAACUGUGUCGGCCAGUGUAAGAACACUUGAUCUCAGCCAGGGCGAAGUGAUGAAACACUGGAAGAAAUUCUUACAGAAUCAUCUUCACUCUUGGUAGCAGAUGCAGGAUGUUACUGAUACAGAUCUAGUUUUACUUUUAUGUAAGAGCCUCUAGAAAAAUUAAACAGUCUAUUUUUUCGUCUCAGUAAAUUACUGCUAUUUUCACUGUAUGCUAAUAUUAUCAUUAUUGUAUCACUGUCUUUUAUUUUAGGGGUUAUCAAAGUUUUAUUAGCAAACUUUCCUGCUGAAAUUUAUCUUCCAAGAUUUCCAUUUGGGAAAUCAAAAUUGUCUUUUGUGUGUUAAAACAAUCUAACAGAGCAGUCUUCAGUAGCUUGAAGUGGCUGAAGGAAUUGUUUGUUCUUGUAACUAAUAUUGCCUUAAUUUUCAACCUGACCUUUGCAAUGUGCAGUGUCUUGCAAUGGGGUUUGGAACAUCUCAGUAGUGAGACUUGUAGGUGUCAUUCAAUUAACCAUUCAUUUAGGAAUGAAUUCCUUGGAGAUGAAGUUGAAAUUCACAGUGCUGUCAUAAAGGCGGGGAGAUGAAAUCUGAGGGAGAAGGAUUGGAAAUAUGAAAUCUUACAAGUCACUGUCAGGAUUUUAACUGGCACACAUAGGUGUUGGCUGACUUGUGAAGAUUAUUUUAAGUCUCCUGCUUUGUCUCAUGCAUUGAGAUGCCUGGCUAUGCAAAAGGUGCCUGGUCCCAUUCCUGCUUGUGGAUGCAGUGCUCUGGCACUCUAAUAAGGCCAUUUCAUUUAUGUCCUUAUCCUAUGAGUUCUGUGCCAGGUGGUUAUUAUGUGAUGCUGAACUCAACCAAACUGAGGGCACAGGAAUGGGAACUCAUUUAUAAUGCUCAUACUGCUGGAGACUUCACUGAAUGACUCAGAGGAGAUAAGCUACCAUAUUCUCUGUGGCUAGUAAAUAUUAUGUCAACAUGAAUCUUGACUGAAGACCCCUAUCUGUAAAAAAAAAAGAAAAAAAAAAGUUGUUUUAUAUUUCUAAGAAUGAGGUAUAGCCACAUUUGGGGUUUGCAGUGAUUAAUGCAGGACAUACAGCUUUUGAAGCACUGUGUCCUUGUCUGAACAUCUGGGGUGAGUGGUGUGUUGUCUAGACUGCCUCCUUUGCCAGCCCAGCUCUGCUUCAGUUUGCUCAGAGUUUGCCUGCACCAUCUGAGGAGAGAUUUUGCAUGAUUCAGACAUGGAAAAUAGACAGGCAUGUGAAGCCAACCAAACCAGAAUGUUUUCUGAUCCUUGCUGAUCUAUUUUCACCUGACAUCAGCUGUCCAAACCCUACCAACAAACCAGUGGGACACCUGGGGGUUUAUGGCACUUACAUGAUCCUGCCUGGGCUGCAGAGAUACCCUUUGGGCAGUGCCACAUUCUCUGCUCCAGCUGAUUUUAUCACCUGCUCUUGGCAGGAGCUCUCCUGCCAAUGAACUGCUCCUUGGCUUUGGUCCCCAAUUCUGCCACGCACUUCAAACAUAUUCAGUUGUGGGAUAGUCUGCUGAAACAAGAUGAGAAUUGUCUGGGGCAUCUCUGCCAGCCUGCUGUGCAUCAGCAUCCCUUGGAGGGUGCUGGAAACAGGCUGGCUGUUUAUUCAUCUUGUAUCUCUUGACAUUUGAGACAUCUCAACACAAACAUUGCUUAGGAACUGUUUUCUGACUUGAGCAUUUGGUUUCAAACAUAGUUACCUUUGUUUCGCCGCAUGCUAUGAUUAUAAUGGUAGUAUUUGUGAUACUUUUCUUUUAAAACAGAUCAUCAUGGUUAGUUCUGUGUCAAUGCAAAAAGACUUACUUCUUCCCAUGUGGGAAAACUAUCCCUUUGAAUUGUAAAUAUGUCCAGGAAUAUUUAGUGUCUUUGAACCAUCCCGCUUUUGCCUAUUGCAAACCUAAAUCUUUCUAGAAGUCUUUCUGAAAGUCAUAAUUUGAGGCAUUUUAUUUUAGUGGAAGCACUCACAGUUAUAACACAGUCAAGAAGUCUAAAGGGUGAGGGUAAUUUUCCAGAAGGGCUAUCACAAAGUGAUACUUCUUGAAACAGAUCUGGAAAUGUUAUGCAAAAUAACUAACUGCUUUUCCAAAAGGUAGAUUGUGUGUAUUAUUGCAGAAUGAUUCUAUGAGAGCUCUGGAGGUUAGACAGGGUUGCUGGGGGUUGUCUAACCCAGCUCUUGCUCUCUGAUGAGCUAAUAUUGAAAUCAGAUCAUCCAGUCAAGUUUUGAAUAUCUCCCUGGAAGUAGAUACCACUGCCUCUCUGGGCAAUCUGUUUCAGUAAUUAACCUCUCUCACCAUGCAAAUAUUUUCCUUUUAUCUCAUUAGAGUUUCCCUUGAUACCACAGGCUUUUGUUCUUUUGCUGUGAAUCCGAGUCCAACCCUGUCUCAGCGCCGUUGCAGCUGCAAUUACAGCGCUCCUUACCUGUGGCUUUCCUGGGGAAAAGGCUCCUUCAGCCCGUACCUGCACUUGCAGUCCUUUGGACUCCCUUGGAUACAUUGGUGUGUUGUAUGGGGAGACCCCAAAUAGGAAGGGCACUGCAGGCAUGGCCUCGUGGGUGCUGCGAGGGGAACAGUCCCUCCCUGGAGCAGCUGCUGUGCCGCUGCUGCCGCAGCCUGGCUGGGCUGUGCCACCGAAAGGGAGCACUGCUGACUCACGUUCAUCCCCUGGGCCCCCGUGCCCCGGAGCUCUGCCGGGACACUUCGUCAGUAAGGCAUCUAAUUGCUAAUGAGCACGGAGUGAAACUCUGCUUUGAAAUCUUUCAUUCUUUCGGUGAUAUUUUUUUUUAGGUACUUUAGCGAAAUAGUUGCAGAUGUUUGCAUUUCUUGUCAUUGUCACCUCAUUACAGGUAUAGCUGGAACCGCUUUGUUUUAGCUAAUUUGAGAGGCACAAAACUGUGCUGCACUUGUGCAAACCAGAGCUCUAGGCAGCUGUGAUCGGAGCCCACCCAGACUCCUGGCUCUGGAGCAUUUAUUCUCCCUUAUCAGUAGGUGACUUUGAUCUUAAAGUUCCUCCACACAUCCUCCAGCUUCUUUGCCAAAUGUCUCCAUGGCGCAGGGAUUCUCUAAAGGACCAAAAAGGUUCAAAAGCCACGCUUAACUUUUGUACUAUGUGCAAGUGUGCUUCAACUCCUAAUGCUUUCAGCAUUGUUUGAUGGAUGGCAGGGGGUGUUGUAUUUGUUUUUUAUUGUAGAAUCUUUUCUGGAGGUCAUACUACAUGGAAUGUGCUCAUUAAUUCAUGUGUCUGCAUAUGUAUAUAUAGAUUUCUGUCCAGCCUGUCUAGUUGGCUUGGAAAAGCAGUUCUGUAUUUCAUGACAGAAAAUGGUAAAUUUAGGAUUUUCUAUAAUAGCAGCUUUUCAUUCCCCCCCUUACUGAUGGCUGAUGUGUAUGAGCAUGAUACUCACGUUGGCUUUGUUACUGUUUGGAAGAUUAAACCACAGGUUAAUAAAUACUUUAGUGCAAAAAUAGCAGUAUUCAUAUAACUGCUGUUUCAGGUCUAGACAUAGUAGCUUGCACUACCACAUAGUCUGUUGCACACAAUAUUUCCAGCUUAUGACUCAUUUAAAGAAGCCAUUGAAUUUGAUUUUCUUCCUUUCUAGCUAUAUGAAGGUCCCUAUGGGAAGAAUAACCUUCAGAUAUUCUAAUUUUUAUUUUGAGCCGCAAUAGAAAUGUAGCACUGACCUCCUUGCAAAUCUGUGUUUACUUGUCCACAUCCAUAAAGCCAAUCUAUAUGUACUUUUAAGAAAGUCUUGCACAUCCAUAAGAUUUUUAGACCUAGAAUGUAAUCUGUGGUAGUACCUUUUGUACAUUCUGCAAUUACACAUUCUGUAAUCCAUGGUGUUAAAUGUUCAAAAACGUGCCUGAGAUUUCUCCUGCUGAGGAGAAUGAAGUGAGUGGAUACAAUAUCCCGUGUUUUUCCUCCUUGGGAGGCAGUGCUGUGCCAGGGUGAGGUGGUUGGGAUAGAGCCUGCUGGUUUAGACAUUGCUAUUCCUGUGCUGACAUGGCUGGGAAUGUUUGCUGCUUUCCACUGGGUCUUGGAACUCAGAGGAGCAUUAUAUUAAUGAUGUGAGCUUUGCUUUCUUGCUCUCUUUCUCCCACUCCUUUUUCUAAAGGGUUUUCCUAGCAAUAUAUUUUCCUGGAGGUGAUUAUAUUAUUCCUCAUUAUUUUGUUCCACGUAAGUUCAUCCCUCUUAAUUCAGUGAACGGAAACAUGGAUGAAUUUCUGGAAUACUGCAAGAGUAGACUUGAACUAUCACUCUUAUGGAGCUCAAGGGAGCAAUAUUUAGUUUAAUUUUCCAAAGUAGAAGGAAGGUAGUUUUGAAAAGAUGAGGAAUUUUGGUAACUAAUGGGCAGGUUGUAGGAAAUGGAAGUCUUCUAGAGUUUGCUUGAUUUUUCAUGCAGUUUAGGUGGGGGUAAGUUCCUGAUAUUUUAGUUUGCUUAAAUUUAGAGCUGCAGCUGAGCUGAGGGUGCAGGGUUGGUUUCCACACACCACUCAUUUAGGAGAGAGGAGUGGUUGACUUCACUUUAGCCCUUUGCAGUAAGCUAUAUAUUUUCAUCUCAAAGGUACUGUUUUCUUUCUCUUCAGACUGUUCUUACAGUUUUACCUUGAAAAGAGAAAUCUUUAAGUAUCUUUGUUUUGAGCAACAACAUCUUAAAACUGCUAGCAAGUCCCUGUUGAAGAUCUCAUGCAAUCUCACCCAUGCAAUCUCUCCAAACGAUUGCCUGCCUGUGGGUAAUUACAGCACAGCAGACUCCUGGGCUGUGAAAGUAGGACACAAGACCUUCAGCAUGAUUUUCAGCUUGCAGAAACUCCUGGUGGCAUCUUUGGAAAUUUUUUUCCCAAGAACAUUCUCAAAUACAAAAAUUAAAAAUUAUUCCUUUUAAACUAUAAAAUAAUUAUAGGCCAUUACAAAAAACAUAGCAAGUUUCUGGCAAUUGGAAUUAUCCAGAGAAUGUACCUGAAAGUCUAAAAUUAUACCGUGUGCAGAACAGAAGUGCUUUGAUAUAAUGUCAAACACAUUUUUUGUGUUUCAUCUAUUAAUUAUUUUUGAGGAUGCUUAGAUUACUUGAAUAGACAGUUCAUUAGUGUGUUUUGUCACUUAUUUGAACUAACAAUUUAAUUUGAAGAAUUUCUCUAUUUUCUUUUUGAUUUUGCUUGGAAGACUCUGGGAUAGAUCUACCUUCAGGGUGAUGGUACAGAGGGCUUUGUAUAGAUGCACAGAAAGAAUUUGCAGACUGUGGCUUUUAUUUUUUACAAAUCUGUGGUCAUCUGGUUUGUGUGUACUCUUUCCCUUCCCCUCUUCCCUCCUCCUUCCUCCUUUGCCUCUACUCUUCCCUGGAGCUAUGGAGUUGUGUGGAUUUUACUGAGAGAGCCCAGCCUGGAUUGUCUCCACACCAUCUGUCACCAUAUUGUUUGUUUAAAUCCUUGAGAUAUUUUCUUCUGUACUUCACUGAAAUAAAUACAUAAAGCUGCAACAGCAUCAUUGGCUAUUUAUAUUAGAUUUAGACUUAAUGUCCUUAGGAGAAAACGCCUGUGCUUGCAAUUGAGGUGCAUGAGCUGGAGGCACAGUUUGUAAAACUGCACAUGGUUCAAUUCCUGAGUGCAGAGCUCAGCUCUGCAGUGUGUUCAGGGUAUCAGCCCAGGCCCCUCUGGCUUCUCAAGAGGGACACCCAGCUGGGCUCUCUUGGCCCUGCAGGGACAGUGCUGCUCAGGGGUUAUGCUCUGGUCUCCCCACUCUUUCAAGGAAAACGUUUUGUGCCCUUCAGGAAAUGCAGGAUGAAUCUUCCUAUGUCCUGAGACUUGAUAGUCUGGGUCAGGGAAAAGGUGAAACUCACAGGCUCUGUGAAGCCAGAACUGGAAGUAAGAGUGGUUAGUUAGAAGGGGGAAUGUUUUGGAGAGAAAUUGAAGCGUGCAGAAGAAAUGUAGUAUAAAAGCUGAACAACCAGCAGGAAAAGGAGUUUUGCUGAUAUGCAAAUGUGAUAUUCCAAGUUGCUGAUGGGGUUGGUUGGUGCCCAGCUGCUGUAAGUUUAUGAUAGGCAGUCAACAUUGUCUCCUUUCCCUACAGCAGUUUUUUCUGUACAUUCCAUACACAUGAAGCUUAGGGAAUCAAAAAGCCUCAGUAUCUGGGGGGAGGAGGAGGUUCCAGGUGUACAAGUUGUCUCUUACUUGGGGAAGAGCAAAAUUCCUCUUGAGAAAAGUCUGUCUUUUCUGGGCUCCUGGGCUGAGGGGUAAAUGGGGUUCCCUGAUCCACCUUUGUGAAUGAUUUAAACCUCUAGAAAAAGGAACAGGUUCUAGUCCAAACUUGUGACUGAGAUUUUAUUUGCUUACUGAUUCUUUCAGCUCCCCUUGUGGAUUAAAGAAAUAAUUCAUGAAUGUACAUAUGUAGAUGGCUUGUAUAAUCCAUUUCUUUUCUGUUCUCCUCUUUGACAGCUACAGAGACUGAACUAAAUUUAGGAAAUCCAGCAGCAUAUCUGAGGUCAGAAUGGCCAUAAACUUCUAGAGCAUGGCAGUAACUCCCUUUGGCUGUACAUUGGCCAAUCUUGCUUAGCAAGAUUAACAUGUUUUUGGAUGGGCAAAUUCAAAGCAGAGGUACACUUCCUUCUGGCUGUAACACACUGAGAAACACAUUAAAGGGUUCUGGAUGAGAUUUGACUUAAACAUUGUAAUAUUCUGCAUACAGCUCCAGAUCAGUCUCCAUUUCUUUUGAAAGUAAGACAUCUCUUUGGACAUCUUUGGUUUCAUAUUUGGGCGUGAUCAGCCCUGAGAAAUCGAGGUCUGGUUUUUUAGGUAUACAUGCAGGUUGUUAUCCCUGCUUUCUCCUAGAUUCCCUUGCUGAAGGUGGAGAAGGAAGGGUGAGAGAAAAACAGGUGGUCAUCUUCAUGCUUUUAAUAUUUUUCAGUUAUUUACCCAGUCCUUAGGAUGAAGCCUGCAGGUGGUGGUGCUUUGGUGUGCUGCAUUGGCUAACAGAAGUGUGAUUUCCCAGUAGGAUCACAUCCAGCCAUUUGGGGGUAGCUUGGAUAAAGUAGAUUUUUUUCAGAUCAAGACCAUAUAUCUCUCAACUUUGUGCAUCCCUUGAUUUUGGAUUUGAGUAAGCUUUCUUGGAGAGGUGCUUCAUUACCACAUGACUCCUCAGUCAGUGUUUUGGGCUUCCUGUCUCCAUCACAGGUUUGGGAAAGUAAUUUCCUUCUAGGCUUUUGAUGAAGAUAGGCUGAACCAUUUCCUUGUCACAAGUUCCUUGCUGCAGCAUGACUGAGAGCUCCAGUGCUGGUCUUGCUCCAUGGCCUCUGCUCAGUGUUCGUGGCUAUUUAUAACCUGCCUUUUGUGCACAUUGCAACAAGAUAUUUUUAUAAACAUGUUUCAUUCAAAGGAUUGCCGAGUGGAAAGCAGCUUAUCUUCUCUUUUUUUUUUUUUUUUCCUUUUCUUGACAGUGAUGGUUUGUUUUUAGUGUCCUAACUUUUAGUUCAAGAUUUCUGUAACUUUACUGAUGGAAAGUUUUGUCUGUUUGUGCUGAGCAGUUUGCCUUUCCAUGUGACUAAAUUAGCAAUAGGACUGCUUUGUUUUCACUGCAUUGAUUUUGUGUCUAGUGGAAACACACUGUGUAUGUAGAACUACUAUGAAAGAAGAAGGAACAGGGAUUUUAUAGCCACCUUUCAGCUCCACAAAAUUUGCAACACAAUUAUGUAUGACAGAAAAUAGAAUUAAGGUAACCUCUUCUAAGUAACAAGUUGCUUUUAGGAGUUACAGAAACAUAUUACCAGACAAAUUGCAUGUUAUUUUUUGUGUGUGAGGCUAAUUAAGAGUUCUGAGUAAAUUGUGUUGAUACAGACAUCAGAGCUGUAUGAAGUACCUAAUUGGGAUGAGAUAAGGUUUGUGAAUUCAUCAUGAGAAAACAAAUGCCUGAAUUAUGAAUUAUGUGUCUGUAUUCUAGUCAAGUACCAUUUAGGAUGGUCUGGUUUAUUUUCAGCAGUCACAUUAUUUUUGUAGGAAACGAGCUAACCCUGUUCUUUAUUUUGUUUUGAUCUGUUUGCCAUCCCCUCCUCUCUCCUUUAUCUGCCCUUAACUACUGUUAUCUGCCAAAGGGCUGACAUUUCCUUUUGUGGAAUCUGGGUUCCAGAGAAAGAUGUGCAUGGCUUAGCAUGUGAAACUUUAAGCUCUGUUCCAUAACUGUGUUACAGCAAACUGGUACAGAAGUUGUAAAAAGAAAUAUUUGCUUUCUUGCUCUUAGACUGGAUUUUCCUUACCCUGUCCAUUGUCUGCCAACCUCCAUCUCCCAGGAGCUGCUUCCAAACCCCCUCCUCUGCUGGAGCCUGCAGCUGCACCCCAUCCAAUUGCUAUCCCACUUCAUACUUGACUGUCAUGCUAGUUAGGAUGGCUUUUUUUUUUAUUUAUUGCCUUAAUUUACUUCUAGCAGAAGCAAAGGUGGGGAGGAGGAAAUACACCUCUCUGCUUAAAAUUCUGUAUCCCUGAAUUUUAGGAAUACUGGGACUCUUUCAGUGUACACAGAGCACAGAAGACAGUUGCUAAAAUCAUCUUAAUUGGAGCAAAUAAAAAUUCUCUGGGGUCCCAAGAACAAAAGAAUUUAAGCCAAACCUCUUCCUAUUUAAUAAGCAGGAAACAGAGGAAAGGAGUAUAAACUGAGCCAGGUGAGCUAGGGCAGUGUUGGUGGGAAACUGAGGUGGUGAUAAAACAGAAAUAAAAAUUACUAGUGGAAGUCAUCUUUUGUGGAAAAAAAAAAAAACAGUUUGAGAAAACCAGAAUUGCUCAAAAUUCUGAACAGUUUCCUUCUCUAUCUUUUGAGGAUUCCUGACCUUGGGAUUUUGGGCAAUCCUUUUCAGUCAUAAGUCAUUCCUUCUGCAUUCACUGACUACUUUACAUACUUGUACAGGGAGGUUCUUGCUUUUCCUGUUGCAAUGUGGGGAGUCUGGGCUGGAGUUAACCAUCUGGAAAUUGAUGUAUUGGAGUGUCUUCUUGUAUCCAUUCUUAUGCACUUUAAAAUUUCCCUACUGCUCUUGUUUUUUUCCUUCAGUAUAACCUCUGAGACAGGGAGUCUGUUACAGAAAUAAAAUCCUCCCCUUGUUUUGCUGUGCACUUGGCUGGCUGCUGAUGCUGUUCUGUGUAAGCAUUCAUUUCUAUAAAAAUGGAAAGAGUGUUCACUACUUUUCUGAUUUGUAGUAAUAUAAGUACUUUUUUCUAUGCAUUUGUAUUCACUUUGUUCAGGUGCUUUGUGGGAGUGCCUAAUACCUUGCAUUUUUUAGGAACUGGAGUCUCAAAAUAUAUUCAUAAUGCCCUUUUAUAAUUUAAUUCAAUUCUGAAUUUUGCAUCUCCCAUUAGGGCCUUUAGAAUACUUGUGGAGAGGACAGACUGACAGGAAAAAAUAUGAAAGCUAAUUUCUUCCCACUGUCUUAGGUGAUUGCUAAUUUUGCAGUCUGGCCUGUGUGUGAAUGUGUUGUUGUUACUGUAGAAAUACCAUCCUGAGACUCAGGCUCGCUGGCACUUGGUACCUCAAUUGUUAUUACGUGCACUGAACAAAUUCUGGAUCCUGAAUGACACAAAUCCUGAUGUUGUCUAACAUCUGGUUGGAUCAUGAGGCUGAAAAUGAGCAGUGUCUGCAGAGAACAGAGCUCAGGGAAGAGCCAGACAAGGCUUACUUGUGGAGGAGAAAAUACAAAUUACAUGAUCCCCUCCACACUUUGGGUUAGAUAAAGACAAAAAUGAUCUUCAUAGCCAUUUCCAGAUAUACUUAUCCUGUCAUUUUUACCAGUCUUAACAACUGCAAAAAUAAUGUCACAUCUUUCCUAACCUUUCUCAGGCUUCAGGCUUGCAAGCUCUCACAUUCCCGUUGCUCUUUACUAUCACUAUUUUAUAGUAUAAGAGUAGCUGAAAUAUUUCCAAUGAUCAGUGAAAAAAUUAUCCUAAAUAGAUGACUUAGGACAGGUGCAAAUAGUAAAAAAAAAAAAUCAUGUUAUAAUUGCUUAGUUGCUUAGUGUCUUCUCACUGUAUACAGAUAUUUUCACUAAAUACACUAGAUACACUCACUAUAUACAGAUAUUUUUUAUGACAUUCCCAAUUUCUCAUAAAAACGCAUCACAUGAUCUCUGAAUAAAGUUUUAAAUGAAUAUGUUGGAAAUUUGUGGUCCCAGCUGUCACCUGCAAUGUGUCUCUUUACUGGUCAUUGAAAGCCUUACCGAUCUUUAGUGUGCUUGUUUAAAUUGUUUUAAGUUAUUCUUUAUGGCUCCUUCCUGGUAUGGGAUGACUCCUGGCUUAAGAGAUGCUGGUUUUUUGUUUACCUUUUUUAGAGGAUGAGGCAGAGAUCUUAAAAUAGAGAGAGAUUUCGGGCAAUAGUAAAGUGUAACAGUCCACCUCAGCAAUCCUUAUUCCAGUGUAGGUCCUAUUGAUUUCUCAAGCUGCAGUGGAUCCCUCGGUGGACACUGCCUGAAAGCAGGAGAAAAGCUAAAAUAAGAAUGGACUUUGUACAUUUCCAACACUCUACUGCAUUUUUUAACUGUGCAAAGUAGGUUACAGGCAUGCAAAACCUUAGUUUUAAAUAAGUUAUGCAGAAGAAAGCUCUCUAGGUCAGCAAAGGCAUUUCUAAAAGCUGAGGAGCAAACUGCCAUGAGGAAAAGAUAGUGUGCAGGUCAUAUAAAAGUCCACAUGGAAAGCAAAAAUCCUGCUUGUGGGAUCCUGACUUUGGUGUGAUCGAUUUCAUUGGGAAGUAAGGGAUGAAGAGCAAGUGCAAAGUAAGCAAAUGCUUUAAAUAAUUAGUCCUUUAAUGCUUAUUUAAUUGCUUUUCCUGAAGACUUGAAUGCUGCCAUGUAAAGAGAAAAUGAAGGGUGUUUUUCCUUUCUAAUGAAGUGCUUAAUAUGUUCUUUAUGUAGCAGCCAUAAAGAUGCAGACAUAGUCUUGUAAUAUCUUGUAAUAUGAGAUAGAAAGGCCAAGCAUGCAAUAGACUUAAAGCAUUUUCUGCUUGGAGGAGCAAUCUCUAGCUAAAGGAAUGAUUUGGUUUGUUAAGGGCUGCACUUGGGGUGUUCUUUCCCAUGAUGUACUGGACUGCUAGUGAAAUGGCCUGUUGGCAAGCUGGUUGGUUUAAUUUGAGUUAAACCUGAUUAUUAUUAACUAACUUAUUUAAACUUCAUUUUGAUAGCUAGGUUUCUGCCUUACCGGGUCAUUUGGAGGUUUCAUUUGCAUAUUCCACUGAAUUAAAAAUUCUGGUAGCUUUUCUAAUUCAGCUCAGAUAGUGGAAUAUUUUCCUUCUUAACAAGCAUUCUAGUUUGUAUUAAAAAAAAUUUCCUUCCCUUAGUUUCUUUUUAAAUCAAGUAUGUACAGUAAGCUUGGCUCCCUAUUGAGCUGGUUUAAUAAUUUGUUUUUUCCAUCUGCAGAGAGCCAGUUCCCAAAGUAACUUCAAAGAGCCUUGCCUGAGUAAAAGCUUCCAGCUUGGGAGCAACAAAGAUUACAGAAAUAUGCUUAUGCAACUGCUUGAAACCUCUGGCUAUCUUGACAUGGAGAAUACAACUGAAUAUUUCCCUCUAUUAUUCUCUUAUUAUAGACCUUAAAUAUUUGUAACUGAGAGUUUUGCUGCCACUUUGCUUUUGCCUCCCGUGGUGACUGCACAGUGUGAUGUGUUACACAAGCGCACAGACGUGGCAUUUGUAGGCUCAAGGGGAUCACUGGUGUUCUGGGCCUUGCAGUGAUCUCUCAUGUAACUCCAACAAGAAAACAACCAUAAAAUUCAGCCUUGAUGCAAAUUGUCCAUAGACAGGGCUGCAGACUUGCAGCAGCAGCAAAUGCAGACUAUUUAUAAUAUUUUAGAUUUGUGCAGGCUUUAAUCAAAUGAUGAAGAGGCUUCAAGUGAAAUGGCUCCUGGGAGAAGGGUAACCUCCCUUCUUAAUUUUUAAAAUUUCCUAUGUUGACAUGUGUAAUCUCGCAGUUUGCUGAAAAUGAAGUCAAUCCCUGCCCAAUACAGGUAGAUAGAUAUGGGAUGCAUAUUUUAUAUCUAAUGUAUCUGUCAUGUAUUUGAGGGCAGUAACAAACUUAAAGUAGUUAAAAUUGCCAGUGUUUUUGAGAAUCUGCUUCAUAUUAAGGUCAAUAUAAGUAAUUGUCUUUAUUUCUGUGGUUUUCCUCACAAGUGACUGUUCCUUAUUCAUGACAUUCCAGUCCAGCGGUUGUCAUCAUCACUUUGGAGAAAAGCUGAUUUUUUUUCAUUUUUUCCCCUUUUUUUGACAAAAUUAUCUGAAAAUCAGUGUGUCUGGGAUUUGUCCCAAAUUAAUUUCCUGUGGAGAGAAGAGUUAUGAGUUUGGUCUCAGUACAAUGACUGUUUUGGAUUAUAAUAUCUGUCAGUGGAAAUGCACUACUUUGGUUUUAACUGAAGCUAUUUGAGAUCUUAAUUUUUGGCUUAAUCAAAUCCUUAGCACAAGCAAAUCUAAUUCUGGCAUACUAUUUCAAUUGCACAGACUUUCAUUUCUGACUAAGGAUUGGAAGGAUUAACCCAGAUUUUAGCAGUUCUCUCCAUGACUGGGUGGAUAGGAUUAAAAUCUGUGCUGCUCACUGUGGCUUUUUAUUCUAGUUUUUGAUUAGUUAUGUCUGUUGACCAGGGUGGGAAAUUUUCUGAGGUUAAGACUACAGCUAAAAGAAGUAUAGUGAAUUCACUGGAUUGCAUUGUAUUUUGACUAAAAAUACAGUCCAGACAUGCUUUGCCUGUUUACAGCACCACAAUUUAUAGUUUAGUAUAUUCUAGAUAAAUUUUGUAGUUUGAAGUAUUAAUAUAUAUAAAUUUAUCAUCUUUUGGCCGUAUAAAUACAUAUUUUAGGAAAAAAUAAUUGGGUAAAACAGGAAUGGCAUUAACAGGACCCAGCUGUAACAUCUUGAUAAGGACUGGCUGAAUGCAGCAGAAGUUUUUGGGCCAGAAGCUGGAAGGAUGUUCCUGUAUCUAAUUUCUAUCAGUGCAGCUAUUAGAAAUAGAGAAAUUUCAGGAAUACUGUCUGCAAUUAGUCUCCCACCUUCUAAAAAUCCCUGAUCCUGUAAUGAGCUUAGAAAUUCGUUGCUUCAGUGACCAGGGAAUGGAAGUCUCUCCUCCAGGAGAUGAGGUGAGUUGGUUUUGUUUAAUCUAGUAAAAAUGAACCUGGGAGGAGGAUAUGGUGGCUGGAUGCAGGAAGAAGAAAAACUGAUUAAACAACAUAAAAUCACAGAAUUUUCUAGGUUGGAAGAGACCUUUAAGAUCAUUGGACAACUGAAACUUGGGUGGGAAAUUGAAAGUGGUGAAUGGUAUUUAGUUGGAAAAUGAAGAAGCUUAGGAAUGGCAAGAAGCUGGCUGGUGUUAUGAUGGAAACUGGCCAAUGAAGAAGGAUGAGCAUGUUCUUCCUAAUUCUACAUUCUUCUUUAUGUUUACAGAAAGCUUGAGAUUGAGAAAACCAUGCAACAGUAUAAUAAUACUGCCUCCAAAUCCAGUCACGCUUAUAUAAGUGUUAGAUUUGGGAAAGGUGAAGUGGGAGGAGUAGGAUCAUGAUAUACUCCUUAUCAGACAGUCAAGGACUCUGCUCAUCAGCCUUGGAAAGAGACUGGCCUUAGGAUCCUUGUUGGAAUAUGGCAAACUAUGUUCUGAAAAUUUUCAAAGCCUCAUCUCCUAGAAAAGAACAUAACAUUUCCCCAGAAGUUAGAAGUAUCUUUACCUUUUUAUGUGAAGCAGGAGAACUCGACUUUUCUUCGGGUAUUUUUUCUUUUUGUAUUUUGUUCUUUUGUGCCUCAGGCAGUGACAGAAUUCUCAAGAGAGAUGUGAUGAAGAUGUACUCUCCACUUGGAAAAACGAUGCUGUUUGCUGCUUGUCAUCCUGGCGUGUUAGGGAAAAGGAGAACCCAUUACCAGCCCUGGAGCUGCGUGUCUGGGAGGUUGCAGUAUCCCUAACAGAACCCUUGUGUGUUCCGUGGUUUAGUCUCAGCCUAAGCUGGCAGUGAUGAUGUCUGCAUGUCAGACAUGCUGUGCAGUGCUUUAUAGAACCUAUAUUUGUGGGCAGUUGCAGCUGGAAACCCAAAACAUUACAGGUUUUUCAUGUCUGUGCUGGAUGUUUGUUGCCAUUGCGUGGUGGUAUUUCUGUCUGUAAAUAAUCAGGUGUUCUGGACCAACCAGCUGGUUUUGACACUGAAAAAUACCUUGAUGAAUAUUCUGACUCUCAUUUAAAACUUUGUCUCAUGGACUAAUUUUUUUUUUCCUUUGCUCUGGAGCAAGGGUUUGCAGUGAUUGCCAUGACACUCAGGGGAAUGAGCCAUGGGCUAGUACAUAUGUGGUGAAUAUAAAGAGGUUAUGAUAAUGUCAUUAUUGUAAGUAAUCUAGUCAAGGGAGUGGAAAUUGCUAUAUAAGUACAAUGAUAUUUUCUUUUCACUACUGUCCUGAGGAAAGGAUGAUUUCAGGUGUCUGUUCACAGAGCUUAAAGAGUCUUCAGCUAUGAAGGGUUCUUCAGAGACAUCACACUUUAUCUGGCCUUGUUGAGCAAUUGGAAAUGAGUGUCACUAUCACUGAGAAUUUGGUUUUAUUAUUGAAUAGCUAUUAAAAAAGGCUACAGAAGGCAAUGCUUUCCAGAAUCUAUAAUUUUUGUUCAGAUUCAAGCUGUGGAAGAGUGGAUUCUCAGUACCUGAGUGAAGUUCUAAGGUCACGAUACACAGCAGAACAGUAGGAAAGGAAGACUGUAAAACCUUAGUAAUGCUGCAUUGCCAUUUUCUGUGGCUGUGUUUAAAGAAUUGAAAUAAUGCCCUUGCAAGAACAGUCUUCCUAAAACACUUUAAUGAAGUGGGCAAAAUCUUUUUUCUGGUGAUUUGCUAUGGCUGGAGAGGAAGGUUAAAAUGAUGUGUUAAUGAAUGCUACAUAUGGUCCACAACACAUAGUUAGAACUGUUUGUAUUUUUUUCCUCCAAAAAAGGUUGAACAGCAAAUUGGAUAAAAUUCUGUUUCAAAGUGACCCAGCCUGUUUCUUCCCUGAAGCAAUUCACACUUUUUCCAGACUUCAUUAAUACUGGAAUUCUAAUCUCUUUAGCUCUUACAGCUGUUUCAUUUUCAGGGGCCUUCAUAGGCCAAUUAUUUUGUUAAAAAAUGCUUAUUAAUGAAAAUAUGUUGCCAUGUAGAAAGAAAAGGCCAAUGCAGAUUAAAAAAAAAGUGCUCCAGAAAUUUUAAGGCUGUCCUAGCUGUGCUUUUGGGAGAGAAGAAGAAAUAAAAUUGGAAUGGCAUACUUUGUUUUAGUGUUUUGAGUGGUUUUGUGAUGACCUUUUUUUCUUUUUGUUUUUUCCUUUUCUUUUCGUGGGACUGAUGUAAAAGGGAUACAUCUGUUUCUUUGUACUUACAUCAUUAAACAAGGAGGUAUGAGCUGCUGGAAAAAGUUAGUGUAGCUUUGUGAGUCCCUUGCCAGGCACCAGUUUCUUUUUGAAGCACAUGCCUUAACCUCUGAGUUGGCAAAGGCGUUAUCACUCAGUGCCUCUGUUUUCAGUGGUUUACUGAUGAGACCAUGUGCAGAGUCAUGAAAUAAAAUUGUGUUGCUAGCACAGCCAAAACCCCUGGAGCUGCUUCUGUGUCCACCAACACAGCCAUGUUUGCAUUUGUUCUCCUCUUGUUUCUUUUAUCGACUGAGGUUUCCAUUUUUGUUUUUGAGAGGACCACCAUCUACUUUCAGCUUUAUGUUCAUCAAGAAAGUUGUGUCUUGAUUUCCCUGAUCCCUCCCCUGUGCUGCCAAUGUCUCUCUAGACCUACUUUGCUGGGAGAGCUUUGGAAAAGUAUUUGGAGUUUAGGUUGUCUCUUCCAUCUUUUUUGCUCUUUUGCUGCUUCUGAUCUAGUCUGACUGGCACACAGAAGCCCUCAGGGCCAGGUGAGUUGCCUAUGGUUUGCCUCUGCCUUAAAAGUGAGAGUUGGCCUCCUGCCUCAGUUUCAUUGGAAAUGCCUUGGAGUGGCAGCUGUGCUUUGUCUGCUAUUCUGGACAGAAAACUUGCAGAAUUUGCCCAGUGUUUUUUCCAAAGGCAAGAUCAGCAUGCUGCAAAGAGAGCAAAACAUUAAGAAACAUCUAGAAAAUCAGCAAAUGAGCAGUCUGAUGUUUUAUAUUCAAUGAUGCUUUUGAAAAAAAACCUCCAUGCAUUCAGAAUUGCUAUAAUUUUAGUCCAAGUUAAACAUGAUCUCAAAAUCAGACCAUGAUUUUCAAAGCUGUCUGUUCUCAUGGAAGCCUGUAAGUUUAGAAGUAACUGUCUGAAUGGAUAUGCAGAAUAAUUUGUAGUCCUUAAAGGACGCAAGUACAAUACAAGGCAGACACAAGCGUGUAAAGAGCUCUUGCUCACGUACGAACAAUUGAUAUGUCAGUUGCUUUCUUUGGUGUCAGCUUCUAUUGAAGCAUUUAUUUUCUGCUCUUUAAGAGGUGAUUGAUGAGCUUGUGAGUGAUAAAUUUUCUCAAAAAUGGGUGCUGGUGAUACUGAGGCAUUUCUGUGACAGGGAGGAAUUGGAAAGGUUGCAGGUGUGACUCCUAGAGAAGGGUUAUGUGGGGCAGGUUCCUUCACUCCUCCAGGUACUAGCAGAUCUAAAGUUCAGGCUGAGACUUCGUCCAGGGGAUGGUCAAUCUGCUUUCUCAAACUUCAUCUGUGGUUUGGAAAUUACAGCAGUUUUUACUUUAUCAUUAUUUAAGACAUGGAUGGCUGAAUUGUGCUGCAGUGUUACCUUAUUCCAUGUACUCUCUGCUCAGACACAGCUUUGGUGUAUCCUGGUAAUAUUUUAGGGUUGAAACAGCAGACAUUAGCAGACACCCAGAUUUGGAAGGAGAGACUAGCUAAAGAGUUAUGACAAAAUGGAGCAGAGGAUGCUAUUACUCAGGCUGUCAGAAAAAUAGUUUCUGUAAAUUACAUGAUUUUAGUCCUUUCAGGGGAUGAGGGGAAAAGAAUAAAUGACCCAACAUAUCCCCACUCUGGCACUUACUAAGUUUUCCCAUUUUCUCCUAGUCCAGUGAAUAGUCUGUUAUUUACCCUACCGGGUAUAUGAAAAUCUGUAUUUUCCUCUGGCAUGUUGCCAUGUUGAUUAAAAUCCCACUGAUCUCGUUCUCUUUGGGAGCUGCCUUGAUGAAGUCUGAAGUUAUGAACUGUGAACUGUCUUCCACUGCAAAAAGUCUAUCAGGUAAAUAAGUUGUAAAUCCCAAAUGAGAACAAAUGCCCUAAUAGGAUACUGGGCUUGAAUAUUAAUUUUGUUAUUGACUAUUCCCAGUAGACUUGUAAUCUACUGACUGUUCAAGUAACCUGAUUUUCAGGCCUGAAUUAUCAGUAUGGCAACAUGUACCUGUGAAAUAAUGUGUGGGUAAUGAAAUACUCUCCUUCUCUAACUUUUAUUGGCCUUUCAUUGAGGAUAAUACACCUUUGAUGACUGAAAAAGACAAAACAAUAAACCAGAUAAAUAAACUUGUGCAUUGACAAGAAACCUAAAAAACUAUUUUCUCUGCAGGGAUACACUUUGCUAGGGUAGAUCAGUUGAGCUGAGGUGUGUGCUGAAACAUACUGAAGUGUUCCCAGUAUGUGUGUUAGCUGUUCAGGAAGUGCCUGCAUGCUCCUCUGUGAAAGGACCCUGGAUGUUGCAUUAAUCUGCUGAAAGUUAAAUUGUAACUGAGCAUGCCAUUCAGUAAAGCAGAAAGUACCUGGAAUCUUGAAUGAUGCUUUUCUUUUUAAAGAAUUUAUUCCUUUUAUAUUUGUAAGAGUAUUCAUCUCUGUGCCACUGGCCUAUGAAAGACUAGAAAUAAAUCCCAUUCCAAAUCUCCAGUUAUUAUCCUUGCAUAAAACCAAUUUACCACAUUGUUUAGGGGAAGUUACGACAUUUUGUGUCACACAAAGUAACAUCAAUCAGAAAAUUUUGCAUGCUGGUACCCAGUCCAGUGCAACAACAAUCACAUCACUGCAUCUCGUUCUGCUCUUUAGUUUGAGAAGAGUGAGCAGAGCACAGGACAACCACUGGGCAAAACCCAGUGUGAGGAAAGAUCACUGUGCUUUGAAAUCUGAAACAAAGCAAACAGCCUGGGAAGGAGGCUUAACAAGCUCAAGUUGGCUUAGGCAGCAGUGGAUGCGUGUGAAAUUGAAAAGCACAGUUGUUUGUGUGCUGGCCGUGCGUGCUGUUCAAGGAGACAAAAUUUGUGUUCCAUCUGGGAAUAUUAACAGAGUGUGUCUGUAGAAGAAAGACAAAACUGAGAAUUUUUGCUGUGUGCCAGUGUAAGUCAGUCCUUCAAGUAGUGUGCUAUUGAAUGAGUUGGUUUUAGCCCAGAAAUAUGUAUCUUGUUGCCUCUUUUUAUUGUGUGUAUUAUUUUUCCCCCUUAAACUUUCUAUUUGUUAUUAAUGAUAAAUAACAUUAAUAACAUCAGAGUCAAAAUGACAGCAUUGGUGAGACUAUGGGAAAAUAUUUGGUUAUGGAGGAAAAAAUGGAUAUAAGAGGUAUUGUAGAGGGGGCAAAAGAACUGACAUUUAUUAUAUGCAUAAAUGCAUUUUCUGAUUAUCAUAUGAAUGGUGUUAUAAUUGCUAAGAGAAAUGUGGUUGAUAUAGUUCAAGCUAUGAAAUCCAUUAUUUAAUGUAGCUGCAUGGUAUAUGAAAAUGCGCUGCAACCUAAGCAGCACUUCCCAUUUUAAGGAUAUUUUCUUCUGGUUCAUGCUAAAAAGUGAAAACAGACGAUGCCUACAUAAAAGAACAAUCAACAACUACUUACCAAAGUAAGCAGGGAUCUCAACUGAUAUCACUCCUGUUUCUGUACUUGUAGCAGGAAAUUUGGGUCUUUACAAAAGAUUGUUCUUGUCUGGGAUGCCCUUGAAGUAGUAGCUACAGUUAACUGUCCCUCUCUUGGAGUAUGGGAUUUCUUUCUUAAAAGAAAGCAGAACAGUGCUUUGUUUAACGAUAGCUGAUAGCUUGCCCCUUCCAAAUUGUGAAUAAUGUCAGGAUUCCCAUCUUGGCAUGCACUGCUGAGCUAUUUUCAGGAAAGUGCAAAUAGAAGCUAUAAUUCCUCCUGGCACAUCAGGGGUGUGAUGGAGGUGUCUGGCAGCAUUUCAGUAAAACAAUUAGGUUUAGUGGAAAGGAUUCCCUCUAGGCAUGACUGUCAGUCAAAGUAUAAAUAGAGGGUGAGAACCUACUACCCAGCCUUGGGACCUGGACAGCAAGUUCCAAGCCAGCCAGCACAGGUGAUAUGUAAUGCUUGUCCCAAGGUUUCUGGAUUUACAGCUUGCACACUGACAGGCAAGGGGCUUGAAAAUUAGAUGUGUUACAGUCUGUGAGAUGAGGCAGAACUUCAGAUAUUUCAGUGUUUGACGUUUGUAACAAGGUAUGUGGCAAGGGAAGGCAGCUGAGAUGCGGCUAAAUUUUGGGAAGAAUUCUAGAACGGAACUAUUUAUUGAAAAUAAGUUUUAAAAGGAGAUUUGAAACUCCAUUUGGCUCUGGUUGCACAAGAGCAUGAUGACAUGAUGAUUCAUUUGCUUUGUAGAAGUGGGCAAUUGUCACUUGCACCUCCACAGCUCACUCUAGGGAAUGGAACCAAUGACACAGAAACAGGUACUUGAUGUUUCCUUGAAAAGAAGUGACCAGGAACAUUACAGCACCUGGCCAGUGGAAUUUGGUUUCAAAGGUUUCAUAAUAAAGGGUUCUUUUGCAAGCUGAGUGAAAUUUGCUUUCUCUAACUUUUAUUUCUGGCAAUUCAAGUUGGUGAGAUGUCAAAAGCACUCGUUACAGUGACAUUAAUGGUGACAGUUCCUUCAGAGUGAUUGCCUUCUUUUAUCAGAGAACACAGGCAGGGCUGGUCUACAUGGAGCUUGCCUUGAGGGCACAAGCUGUGCUUUAUACUGUGGAUGGGUAUCUGGAAGGAUGGGUAUCUGGAACUUUCGUUGCUUAAUUAUUUAAAGUGUGUAACAAAAAAAGGUGAGGAUUAUUAUAUUCCUAAUUGAACUUGUGAAACAUAAUAUGAGAGUCCAUCCUUCUAUUAUUUUGUAUAUGGGAGCUGGCUUUUUAGAUAGGAUGUACAGAACAGGGCAUGAAAAUAUUGGAUUAUUAUUUUCUUCUUUUUGUGUUAUAGUGACUUUCCUUAAAAUACUUCUGCAUUUCUUGUUGCAGCAUUAGAAAUGUUUUCAUUUUCCCUGCAAAAUGUAGAGCCUCAGGGCUCUGUACUGCACCGGGUUCCUCUGCCAAGGCACAUCAAAGUGGGGAAAAUUCCAGUAUUAUUCCCUUACGGUUAGAGUCCACCUUCAUCUCGGACUCCAGUGCUAAGUUUUGCUGUGGGUUCUGGCAGUGCUCUACCUCCCAGUUACACCAUGAGGCUGCACUUGGAGAGAUAAUUUAGGCAAGGGGUCUCCUCCAAUUGACUCCCAUUUUACCCAUCAUUUUACCCUCCUGCUCCCUCCUCCCAGGAAUUCCACUGACAGCUCUUGCUGGUGGAGAUCUCCUGCAGCAACAUCUCCAAAAUUCAAGCUGAUCUUCAUGACUAUGUAAAUAAUUGGUUAAAGCUGCAAGGUCCCAAAUCCAGAAUAGAACAUGCUGUUUCAUUCCAGGCAGUUACCCGUGGAUUGUGGAAUAUUUAGCUGAUGGCUUGAAGACAGAUUUUGUGAAAAAGCUCCUGCAUCCUUUAGCUCUCUGCUGGAGAUUACUGGGCGAGAUUGCUUUAAGCGCGUUGGGUUCAAGCGUUUUACAUAACGGGGAGUAGAGGCAAGGCACGCAAGCAUCAGAAAGUAAAACUUUGGUUGUAGCUUUUCCUGGUUCCUAUUUCUUAGGGAUUUUGAAUUUUCUUUAUUUCAGGAACCCAUUUUGGAGCAAUGUGUCUGUGGUAUUUGGGAGAAUUUCUCUGGGCUGUUCAUUUCUUUGUGUGUUAAGAUACGUAAAUGAAUCUUCCUUUUGCCAUAUGCAGUUACCCUGAAGAUUAGCCAGACUUAGUGCGACUGUUCUGUGGCAGGUGUAGGGUUAAUUUUUAUUGUGAAUUAAGAACUUAGGUAAAAGUAGUUUCAGUUUUUCUUUCCACUGGUCCACGCUAUAAAUUUUCCUAGCUGUGUUGUGUGCUAUCCAGCCUGCUUUCUCCACUGUCAUCUGUUUGCAAAUAUGGUUAAAUGCUGGAAUAAAGCAAAGAGGUUAUGUGCAGUCAAGGCUGGUUUUUAUAAAAUACGUGACUUUCUUUUCAGACUUUCAAGGUAUUGGAAAGUGUAUCAAGAUGCGCUAAUGUUUGCUUUCAAGUGGAGGGAGUGGAUUCCUGCAAAAAAUAACAGAUGCUUUUAGUUAAGAUGAGGUACUGUUGAUUCAAAAAGCAUCUUUCCUUUGUCAUGUUUAAUAUGCAUCCUCCAUACUUAAAAAAUCCAAAUAGAAAUUGAGGAUGUGGAAGAAGAACAUCAAGAAUAACUACACAUUGUGGAUCAAUUAUAGUUUUAUUUUAUAAGAGGGAUUUUAAAAUUGAAAAUGGACGUUACUUUACACAUAACAUCAAAACUUAAUGCCUUACCUCAUAUAAACUGUUUUUGUAGGAAUAAAUCACAUUUAUUUGAUGUUUUUAAUAACUUUGGUUUUCUUUAUGCUAUAAUUAAUGUUCAUGCAUAACUGCACCACCAAAUAGAUAACAAGUGAAACUGGAGGCUCCAGUAGUCAUUUGGGAGAUGACUUAAGCUGUGGGAUAAGCAUAAUAGUUGGAUCUAUUUGCUAGAAUGAUCCGUAGUGGUUGGAAGCUACAAUUUAGAAGUGAGACCUGCACUUCCUAAUGAUCUCUCUGAGAUGAGAAAUUUUGAUUAUCUAAUCUUCUGAAUAUUCAGGAUCUGAUCUUCUGAAGAUUCAGGAAGAUCAUUUUACGUCUGCUUGAACUAUUUAAGGAUAACUGCUGGUAGAUGUGAUGCUAACCAUAAAAAUUCUUACAAAAAUUGAAAUCUGGAACUUGGCUUCAAUAUUUUGAAGGAGAUAAAUUUUUGGUGCAAAAGAGUUCCCUUUGCAUGGGGGUGUUUUGCCUCCUUUUCUGUGCUGAAGGUGAAGAAAACAAAUCCCCUGGUUUGUUACACUGAGGACCCAGUUUAGGGCUAAUUCUUUUACGGACUGCUCGAGGUGUGUGAACAUGUCAGAGGAGUGCUGUGCCUGUGGCUCCUGCUUCUAAAGAUGAUGACUUAGUAGCUAUCAUUUCUCUGCUGCAGCAUCAUUUGCUGCCUGUGUGAGGCUUCCAGCUGCAGACUUCAGGGACUGUCAGAACUGCUUGUCUCAUGGAAAAACAAAAGUACUGUCCAGCAGGAACAUCUGAAUCAGUCUGUCUCUGUGAAGAGACAGUGUGUUUCUUCUACAGCUGUAGCUGCUCAGGACACUUCAGAGCCAUGGGAUGUUGGUUCUGUGCAGUUGAUCCAGUAUGUGGGUCUCAUCCACGAGCUUAAAUAAGACCAGAAUGGAAGUCUCCAGGUUUGGGACCUGUACUGGUACUGGGCACAGGCAUCAGUUUUUCAUGUUGGCAUCCCAAUGGUAGCAGCCCUGGGGUGUGUGUUGGGGCAGGAGCUCAGUCUCUGUCACGGUGCAGUUGCAAGGGAAAUGCUUGUUGAUUUGUGUAUACCAACUCUUGAGGGUCUCCUGGUUGUUUCUAAAACUCUGUGAUUCAUUACUUCAUCAGAUCCAUACCCUCAGGAAUUCUCUCGUGUGGGAGUGUGCAGAAUAACCUUGGGAGGAAUUGCCAAGGUUUUUCAUUUUGGUCUGUUUAAAGGAAUGCAAUAAGAAAAAGAAAGGACUGGUAAUUGUGAUGACAAUUAUGACUGCUGGUUUUCUUCAGAAUUUAGCACCAGUAAAGUGCACCUCUUAUAUAGGGCAAGCUAUGAGUUGUGAAAUGACAAUGCAUCUUUGGUUGUUCUAGGUCAGCAUUGAUGUGCAUUGGAUUUCAGGAUCUAUGAAUGUCAGUCUGCCACAUCAUUUAUAUUUGGGUUUAUUUUUAGUUUUUCUAGUUGAGUAAACUUUGAGUUUCUGGAGGUGCUAUAGACUUCAAGUGCCCAGGAGACAGAAUUUCAGCAGUUGCAAUCUUGUGCCUCACUAAAGAAGUAAAUCUUCCUUGGCAGAGUGUCGUGACUGUAUCAAAUGCUUCUGCUCAGAAUUUGUUGCUAUGGAUGUUCUUUUGUCCUAAGAUCAUGAAGGAUCAUCAUUCUGUUCCUGCAGAAUAUUACAUCUUGCUGCGUGGUGCAGGCUAUGUGUGGACAUCCCACUGACAGAGUAAGAUUGCUCCUGAAUGAUGCCUGAGUGCAGGGGUUUUGUUCAGAAGGGGUUAACUCACUGAGUUAGCAUCCCUAAGUGCUCAGUUGCUGGGAUGCUUGCCAGAUGAGGUCAUGGAUCCAAACAAUAAAAAAACAAACUCCAGAGGUCAAAUGUGCCCACGUCAAUGUAAAGCACAAGUACCAUGAAUCCAAGCUGGAUUCCCUAUCCAAGAUCCUACCAAGCCUGGGACGUACCUGGUUCUCCAGUAUGAUAUCCAUUCUGCACAUGCUUGGUUGCACAAUCCCUGCUUAAAAACUUCCUGGCAACCUUGCAGGGGGAAUGACUUUUUACUUUGUGAGGUGGGAGACAAGACAACUCAAAGAGCUGUGGGGGUUUUGGAUUGGGUUUAUUCUGCAAGCUGUUUUGGUGUGUGUGAAGCCCUGCUGCCUCAGCUCUCUGCUGAGGUAGAAGCCAGCCCAGGGAUUGCUCUGUGUGAGCUGCAGUGACCCUCCCUGGACACUGGCACUGGGAGAGGGAGGAGAAAGCCCCAUUGCAAAGUUUUUGGGAGACUGGGCAAUGAAGAAAUGAAGGAAUGUCUGCCACUGGCUGGGACUGACACUUUUUGGGGUGGGGUAGAGACCAGAGAUGAGCAGUAUUGCUGUCUGUGACAGGACUGGCAUCUGAGGCAUCUCCACAUAGUGGAGUUGUAGGUACAUAUAUGGUGAAGGGAAUGAAAUGAGGAAGGAGAAGAGGGAUGAAAUGUUUUGGCUUUAAAAAAAAAUUCCUGGACUUCUGAGCAAACGCUUUUCUUCAGUCAGAUCCACUGCAGUUCAUGCCUAGAGUAGUUUUUUUUUCCCCCAGCUCAUCUGUAGUUCUCCUCAGUGCACCUUUCCCCAUGAGAGGAGGGAGAGCAGCUUGCUGCUGCAGGAGGAAAGCAUCUGUGAAUAACUUCUAGUCAUGUUCCAUUCCGAAAAAUCAAUACAGCUGGGAGAUUUCAAUUGGAGGCAGUAUGCUUGUUUUCAUCUACAGCUCACAUGAAACCUAAAAUUUAUGUGCAUAUUUCUUACAGAAUCUCCCAUCUGUUACCUCAGAACAUGUUUUCAUAUGUAUAAAUAAGCUUAAUUUGCAGUUGAGAGAACAUAAAAAAUUAUCCAUAGGCUCUGUAGGUAUCUCAGGGGUUGCCUUCUGCAGUAAUGUGGUGAAAUGAAGACUGUCCAGGAGUUAGUAUUAAUGAUACAAGAAGGAUCAACUUAGGUUGAGAUUUUAUUUUACAAUUUAAAUCAAGAAAGGUAUUUUUAGGAACAUCUUGGUAACUUUUGCUUUUGCUGAAAAUUUGGAACUAGUGCAAACUUAUCUUCCUUGCCUAGGACCCUAGUUUUUAAAUGAUCUACCCCACAAAUACAUAUUCCAUUACUAUAAUUAUGCUUUUCAUGUGUAAUUUACAUUACAGGUGAAGAGGAUCCAUAGCUUUAAAGGACUGACUGUACAAUUUCUCAUGAGAUCUUCAAGUUUUAAAGACUCCAAGCCAGUAUCACAUGCCAUGCAGGAGAAAUCACCUCCUUUCAGUUAGCCUUCUCUCACAAAGCUUUUCUGCAGUUUCUUAAAAGAUUCUCACAAUAUUCUUGUGUUAUAUAUCAGAGACUUUUGACCAAUAGCCAGAGGCCUUGUAAUAUUCAACUGGAGCGCAGGAAAGUGAAUUGGGAAUUAAUUCUAUUUGUAUUUCAGAAGUGGUCAUCAGCUCCAGGUGGGGGAGAGAUGGGUGGACUUGUAGAACACUCUCAGUGCCAAUCUGCUUUGUAUAAUCCUCUUGACUGGGAAGUUGGAGCCUUCCUGGAGAGAAAGUCUUGAGUGGUAGAUUGAAAGCCUUGUCUAGAAUCAAGCAGGAACUGAAUCCUGGUAGGACAGAGAAAAUAUAUGUCUGAUUCUAGGAAUUUCACCUGAGCUGAAGAAACAGCAAGAGAAAGGAAAAGCUGACUGCAGAAAUAGCACAGUGGAACACUUAGAAGAAAGUUACUGACUGAAACCUGUCACUGAAGGGUUUUGCAGUAAUAGUCCUCAAAGCCUCUUCUCUUCCAUUUGCAUGGCUCAAAACCAUUUUGUCUGUAAAAAAACCCCGUUAUUUAACUAAAAAACUCUGUUAUUUAACUACAAAAACCUAAAAAACUCUGUUAUUUAAUUACAGCAGGUAGUAUUUUCUCAAGUGAUGCCCCAGUAAAGAGGAGACCCUGCUUUGCUCACUGCUCUGACUGGGGCUGUGCUAGGCAAGCCUCUAACUGUACUGGCAGCAUCCCAAAUGUGGCAGUGCCCACACCUGCACCUGUCUGAGCUAGAAACUAGUUCAUUUUGAGAAUUUGCUGGGAUUGAGAGAUAGUGGCCCAUUUUGCAUGAGAGAGCAAGUAAUGAAUGUUAAUGUGCAGUGAAUUUGUCAAAAAGCAUUAAUAGGAGAAGAGUGUGUGUUGGGAAGCAAUUAAACCUGAGCUGAUGGAGGAAGCUCACUGUACUGUGAGAUUACCUGCCAAAUAUGCUUAGACAAACAAAAUGUGCAUUGUAAGUAACAUUUCAUGUCUUAGCUGUGACCUUAAGUGAUAUUUUAAAGGGGUAUUUAUUGAUAUUCAUAUAUUUGUACAAGUUAGUCCUAAGUGGGCUUUGCAAGCUUUAAGAACUAAUAGAGAACCAACACAAACCAGGUUGAAAAGGUAUUUUUCCAAUAUAUCACUGAAUUUGUGGGGUCCUCUUAUAUAAUGAGUGAUCUAGAUUAAAGUUGCUGACAUUCAAAUAAAGGCACCCAGUGAGAAAAUCCCAGCAGUUCUCUCACUGGUUCUUCUCACACUUCUAGAAUGAAUUUACACUUUCUUGAACAGAUGAGAUCGAGCUCUCUCAUAGUGCUUUCUUUACUCUAUAAAAAAGUGUGAAGCAGCCUUCUGUAGAGAAAUAGGCUAGAGUCAGUAGAGGUUCUCUGACACAUUCUCAGUCUUCUCAAUUUUCAUGACUCUACAACAAGAAUGCCCGAGGCCUAUUUUCAUAAAUACAUUACAAGCUAUGCAUUGUAAUUUAAUUAAAGUAAUGGCUGCUGGUAGAUGAAUACACAAGCAACUUUAUAAAUAUAUCAGUGUUGGUUAAACAUCUAUCAGAAUUGCCACCUGGUCCUGUCCAUUUUGCCAUUGUAGGUAGGAAAAACACUCUGAAGACUGCUAAUCUUGAGGUGCUAUAACUUGUAUGGAACCCAGGGUGAUUCUGAUGAUUUGCUCCUUAAACUCUCUGUAGGAUUCUGCAGUAUAAAUUGGACAUUGGAUGAUGGCAGAAUGGUCAGGGAUUAAAAGCCUAUCCAUUAUCUCAAGAAAAAUUUAAAGCUAAUUUCAAUUCCAUUCUUUUGGGGACAACUAUCUGGAUAGGAAAUAGCUCUAGAUAUGUCAGAUAUAAUUUUUUUAAUUGAGAUCCUUGAAAUACUUUCCUUUUUCUCUCAACUUCUAUGUAAAAAUAGACAGGAAAGUAAGCCAAGUAAUUUUCAUCUGAACCCAAUUCCUUAUGUUUGAGUUUUCAGUGCAAAAUUUCAGCAUGAUCCUUUGAAGAGAGUGUUGGUCUACUGUACAUGUGCAAUGACUGAGGAAAAAGAGUUGCUGACAAAGAAAGACUCAUCUUUAUAGCAAAGGAGCUUAUGAAAGUCUACAUCGGAAAUUAGUUUAGAUCUUGGCUGUAAAUAGAAACAGUAUUUUUCAAGUGAAAUUUUGUUUGUUUCUGCCCUUUGCUCUCUACUUUUGAAUAAGACAUGAGUCAAGCAUUAAUCCACUUCUGCUUCUGAGUUAUGAUGAUAAAAGAAUGAGGAGAUAAUUUGAGUGAUCCAAGGAAAAUGAUUUAUCUUUCUAUGAGGUUUGCUGCUAAAGGUAUUUUAUUGUAUUAGAUCACCUCAGCUGGUGCACAUAAAGUUCUAAUUCCUGUCUACAAACCUCACCAGUGAUGCUUAUCUGCAGCCAUAGAACAUGGCUUAAUCAGCUCAGUAAAUAGUGCAGCCAGCCUGAAAUUUGCUGGAUCCUGUGUGUUUAGGUACAAAUGCAUUUGGGAAUGUGGUGAAUAAGUCUCAUUUGCCCAGUGGUAUUCUCCAGAACCUGGAUGUAUCCAGAGAAACAGAAUUCCACAGUGUUUGGAUCUUGGUAAUACCAGCCAUUUUUCUGAUAAAUCCUGUAUGAAGAAAGGAUCUUUUCAUGCUUCUUGGAAGCCUUUCUUUUCCUUCUAUCUUGCCAUGCAUGCUUAUAAUCUCUUCUAGUCUUUGUCCCCUAGGCUGGCUUUGUACUUGCCAAUUCACAUGUCUGCUUAUGAAGGAAAGAGAUCUUGAAAUCAAGUAAGCUUCAGUACUAGGAAUAUAAGGUCUAACUAAUAUUUACAGUUCCUUUAGUUAUUUUUCUUGUGCUUUAAGAAUUCAUGUUCCCUGAACAGCUAUUGAAGAGCUGAAGGCCAUUCAGUGGACCUAAGUCAGACUUGGUGCAGUGUCUGAAUAGCAAAUGUAACCACUUAAACUAGAUGUUGAAAAAGGUGAUGUCAAUACCUUUCUUUCCUGGCCCAUUUCAUUAGAUAAUGUGCAUAUUAUUUCUACUUUGUAUUGUGAGUUAAACUUUUAAUUCUGUGACUGCAUUUAAAUGCAAACCAUUUCUUUUCAAAUUCAAGUCCUUAAAUGAUGUUUUUCCAAUUCAAAUAUCAUGGUAAAAUAUAUUCCCCCAGAGGCUUGGUACAGUGUGAAAAUGUGCGAAUAAUGGAUACAUGUGCAGUGUACAUCUUUCUCCAGAUGGUACUGUUCAAAUUUAUAGUGUGUUGCAUAAUUGCUUUAGAAGAGGCUGAAUGAAUUUGCCUAAUUUUAAAAUUUCUUUUGUAAAUGUUGAAGGAUUUUUCUUGCUAUGUGUGAUGCUAGUUCAUUGCCAAUUUUGCCACAGCACUGAUCUAUAGCACAGACACCUGUGUUAAAAGAAGAUACAACCAUCCUAUCUGUUACCAGUUGAAGGGCAAACAGUUCUUGUGAUUUUUAAAAAAUAAGUUUAACUAUUGAUUCUAGCAUAUCAGUAAAAUAAGCCUUUUUGCCUUUAGAUCAACAAUUCACGUGAGUCAAUGCAUUGGUACUAGGAAUGAUUUUUGAUUGAUUAGUAUAAGAAAGCUUGGAAAACUCCUUUUCCUUGCUGCUUCCCUGAUUCUGUUAGGAUAUUUAUUGAGUGUCCAAGCUGUGGUCUUGUACCAUGAGUAGUUGUUGGAGUACAGCAUUUAGCUACUUGUAGUGUGUAUAUUUCCUAGUGAUUCAGAAAUUACUGUGGAAGCUGAGAGAUGUUUGUUAGUGUUGGCUCAGGAUGCUAUCUUAAUGAAACAUAUAGUCCUUCAAAUGUGCUUAACAAAUUUAGAAAAAUUCUCAUGUUUCUUAACAUUGUGUUAAAUGCAAAGAAAACCAGUAAAGCUGUCUGGGAGAAAAUGUUUGCAAAAGUGUGCUGGGUGAGUCACUUUGUACAAGCAGAUGUCUUCACUGCUUAAAAUGAAGACCACUUGUAAAACAUACAUUUAGGGAUGACUUAUCAGGCUUCUGCCAUUCAUGACCUUGGACAGAAUUCUGCAAUCCAUUUACAAAUUUAAUCUGUGCAUGAUUUCACUUUAAGGACAGUUUGUGUUGGAGGAGGAAGGAAGCAAACCUGAAACACUUAUGGUAAAAUCAAAAGCUUUAUUUUGGUUUUCUCUGAACCUCUAUCUGCUGUUUUCUAGUGGAGUAGAAUGGAAUAAGAUCUUAUUUUAUCACCCGUUUCUGCCCUCUCUGUUUAAUUCACUUUUGGUUUUGAUAAGAACACGUGGAUCCCUAUAAGUCUAUGGGAUCUGAUGGAAUUCAUACAAAAGUACUCGAGGGGGUGGCUGAGGCCUCAAUGGUUUUUGAAAGGUCUCAGGAAUCUGGAGAGGUACCAGUUUUCUAGAAGCUGGCUAAUGUCCAAAUUUUAAAAAAGGGCAAGAGGGAUGGUCCUGGCUACAGGCCUGAUGAUCUCACUUUGAUGCCUGGUAAGAUUACAGAGAUGAUCAUUCUGGGAGUUAUUGAAAAACAUCUGAAAGACAGCGCAGUCAUCUGUCACAGCAAACACAGGUUCAUGAGGGGGACGUCCUGCUUGACAAAUUUCAUUUCCUUUUCUAACAAGGUAACUCAUCUAGUGAUCAAGGGAAACCAGUUGAUGUAAUCUUUUUGGGUUUCAGUAAAGCUUUUGUUACUGUCUCUCACAGGAUCCUUCUGGACAAGAUGUCCAGCCCACAGCUGGAUAAACACAUCACAUGAUGGGUGAGCAACGGGCUCAUGGGUUGAGCAGAGGGUUACAGUGACUGGGGUGACACCAGGCUGAUGACUUGUCACUACAGGGGUUCCACAGGGCUCCAUCCUCGGUCCUGUGCUCCUCAAGGUCCUCAUACAUGACUUGGAAGGGAUGCUCAGUUUGCUGAUGGUACUCAAUUGGGAAGAGCCAUUGAUUCCCCUGAAGACAGAGAGGCCCUGCAGAGAGAUCCUGACAAACCACACAGCUGGGCAAUCCCCGCUGUGUGAAGUUUAACAGAGGGGUGACUGCUUUGUUCAUUUAAGAAACAGCAAACUAUGUUUAAAGUAAUUGAAAACUAAUUUAAACUUUAUCAGUUUUAAUUUGUUAAAAGGGAAUCAAGGUGACAUCUUUGGCUCUAAAAUGUUGACACAAAAAUAUUACUGAAAGUGGCAAAAUAUGAAUUACGUUAAAAGCACAGUGGUGACAGCAGCCACCACCUUGCUGCAACUAAUUUUAUGGAUUUUUAGUACAAUAAUUUAUUUUGUAAGAUUCCCUAGAGAGAUCUUGAAAUGUAAAAAGAAAAAUAAAAACCCAAAAUCUCUAGAACAUUGGAAGAAAGAAAUAAUGAAAAAAUUAUAUAGCUCCUUUAAUAAACUAGUGUUCACAUUCUGGUCCAGACAAAAUCUGUCAAAUUAAACACUCAUUAACCCAAAUGAACCCUUAUUUUAAGCAUUAUCUCUUUUGGUCAAACUCUGCCAUUGGUGGAUAAAAUGCUAUUAAUGACUGUACACUGAGAAUCUACCGAGGAUUAUCUUAGAACAGUUCUACACGUGCCAACACCAGCUUUCCAUGAUCUUCCUGGCACUCUGAUAAGUGUAUAACAAUUGAAAUGAUACCUGUCAUUCAGUUUGUCUGUAUUUUGGAAAUUGCACAGCUUGCUGAACUUUGUUCUGAAUCUGUAAUUAGCUACUUCUAGCAGAAAAAUGAGUUACUAUUCUAGUCUACCAAGACUCAUAAUUGACUAAAUUUGGAUCUUCCAGGAGUCAGUAUGUCUGUCUGUAUUUUAGCCUCAUUUAUAACUUCAUGGAAGACUGACCUUUGCUUUGUACUUCAUGGCCCAUUGUGCUCCAUAAGGUUAAAUGUAGCCUACUCUGUAUAACUGUUUUAUAGAUCUAAAAUAAUAUAUUUGUUUUACUAAUGGUUAACUUCUAAGAGUUUCAGACAUGCUUGCUCCUGCACUCCCGGCAUGUGGGUUUCAGACUAAAAGGUUUGUACUUAAUUAUGUGGACUUUAAUAAAUCUGGCAAUCAAGCCAUGCAAAGCAGCAUGGAUGCAUUGGCAAUGUAGCCAGACUGUCUAGAAUUCAAAGUGAUUUAAGGGGAAAAGCAGGACCUUGGAUGGGGGAAGGCCAUGCUGUAACUUUUAAGCUUUCAGAUGCAAGAUUUAUAUGUUCUUCUUUUUUUUUCCUUUACAGUAGGGGGAUAAAAGAAUAAUUUUGUUAUUAGAGUAAGAGGCAAUGGGUUUGGAGAAAAUAUUUUACAGCUGCAUAAAAAGAACAGGUUACAUGCAUUAGUUCUAGUAGUAGCAAUACCAUGCUAGAUUUGUAUAUGGCCCUAGAUAUUUGUGAUAAUUUAUGCCAGAAUUUCCUAUCUGUAAAAGAGAUACUGAGAAGGAUAACUUUUAAAAUUAAUUUUCUUCUGAGGCACUGUUAAUUUUGUGUUCUCUGCUCAAGAUUUUACUUAGUGGAGGGUUAUUGUGUAUAACAGAACCUUCACAGAGUUUUGUCCUUUGGAACAUUACAAAAUUCCUUGUUACUGGGUACAAAUAUACUGUAGUCCAAUCUAGAAGCAAUAAAAACUAAAGUCACAAGGAAAAUCAUGUCCUAAGAAUGUGACAGUUGCCUUGAGAAAUAAUUUACCAGUGUGGGGAAGUUGUGCACUGUUUUGAUGAGUUUUGUUCACAAGUCAAAGGAUGUCUUGAAGUGGUAGAAGGAGGGCUUGGCACCAUUUGUUCGUUCUUCCAGACGGUCCUGGUGACAAUAUAGGUUACAUCUGUUUGUCUGGACAUGUGAUGCUGACUAGUGGUGACUUUUUGAAGUCUGGCAUAUGCGUCAAAGCCAAGUGAUGAAGUGCUGAACAAGGCCAAACCAUUUAAGGACUUUGGUGCAACCUGGAACAAGGCCUGGACUAUUUUGGUUCUUGGCCUGAGCAAGAUCUGCUGUGCACGUCUGCACCUCAAUCAGCAUUACCAAAGCGUGAGAGAGAGCCAAGAAUAAAAAAGUGAGAAACUGGUGUCUUUCCAAGGCUGUGGGCAAAGUUACUAAGGUGGAGAAGCAGCUGGGACAGCUGUGGUGGAAGGGGCAGCGUGGGCUGGUAGGGCAAGUCCCGCUGGGCUCAGCAGGGGCAGGAUGUCAUGUCCACGUUCUUCCAGUUUGGAGCUUCCAUCCAGCAAGAAGCCAUUAUCAUGCUGAAGAUCAUGCAGGAUUAUGACUGGCACGUGUUCUCUCUGGUGACCACCACUUUCCCUGGAUAUCGAGAUUUCAUCAAUGUCAUUAAGACCACUGUGGAAAACAGUUUUGUGGGCUGGGACAUGCAGAACAUCAUCAUACUCGAUACUGCCUUUGGAGAUGCCAAAACCCAAAUCCAGCUGAAGAAAAUCCAUUCAUCUGUCAUCCUGCUGUAUUGCUCCAAGGAUGAAGCUGUCUACAUCCUGGAUGAGGCUCGGUCCCUGGGCCUUACUGGCUAUGAUUUCUUUUGGAUAGUUCCCAGCCUGGUUAGUGGUAACACAGAAAUCACUCCCAAGGAGUUUCCUUCAGGACUCAUUUCAGCAGCUUAUGAUGAGUGGGACUACAGUUUGGAAGCUCGGGUACGGGAUGGCCUCGGGGUCAUUGCCACUGCUGCAUCAGCCAUGCUGGAAAAGUACUCCUUCAUUCCUGAAGCAAGAACGAGCUGCUAUGGACAGCUGGAGAAAAACGACCGGCCCUCUCAAACCUUGCACAAGUUUAUGAUGAAUGUGACGUGGGAAGGCAGGGAUUUGUCCUUCACAGCAGAUGGUUACCAGGCCCACCCCAGGCUGGUGGUGAUCGUGCUGAACAACGAGCGCGAGUGGGAGAAGGUGGGGAAGUGGGAGAACAACUCCCUGAGCCUCAAGUACUCGGUGUGGCCGAGGUACAGCUCCUUCGCAGACAGCGACCCCGACGACAACCACCUGAGCAUCGUCACCCUGGAGGAGGCUCCCUUUGUCAUCGUGGAGGAUGUGGAUCCUCUCAUGGAAAGCUGCCAAAAAAACACCGUGCCAUGCCGGAAAUUUGUCAAACUUAACAACAAAACUAACGAGGGAACUAACGUGAAGAAGUGCUGCAAAGGAUUCUGCAUCGAUAUCUUGAAGAAGUUGUCUAAAACUGUCAAGUUCACGUAUGACCUGUACUUGGUGACGAAUGGGAAGCAUGGCAAAAAAGUCAAUAACGUGUGGAAUGGAAUGAUUGGUGAAGUGGUGUACCACCGGGCAGUGAUGGCUGUGGGCUCUCUCACCAUCAACGAGGAGCGCUCGGAAGUCGUUGACUUUUCGGUGCCGUUCGUGGAAACUGGGAUCAGUGUCAUGGUGUCACGGAGCAAUGGCACAGUUUCACCAUCUGCUUUCCUAGAGCCUUUUAGUGCUUCUGUCUGGGUGAUGAUGUUUGUGAUGCUUCUCAUCGUGUCUGCCAUGGCUGUCUUUAUUUUUGAGUACUUUAGUCCUGUAGGAUACAACAGGAACUUAGCACAAGGGAGAGAUCCCCACGGACCAUCCUUCACCAUUGGGAAGGCAGUGUGGUUACUGUGGGGUUUGGUCUUCAACAACUCUGUGCCUGUGCAGAACCCCAAGGGGACCACGAGUAAGAUCAUGGUGUCAGUCUGGGCUUUCUUUGCUGUCAUUUUCCUGGCCAGUUACACUGCCAACUUAGCUGCCUUUAUGAUUCAAGAGGAAUUUGUUGACCAAGUGACUGGGCUGAGUGAUAAAAAGUUUCAAAGGCCACAUGAUUAUUCACCUCCUUUUCGAUUUGGAACGGUCCCAAAUGGAAGCACUGAGAGGAAUAUCCGAAACAACUACCCUGAUAUGCACCUUUACAUGACCAAGUUUAACCAGAAAGGAGUCGAGGAUGCUUUGGUCAGCUUGAAAACUGGGAAGUUGGAUGCUUUCAUCUAUGAUGCAGCAGUGCUGAAUUACAAGGCUGGGAGAGACGAAGGCUGCAAACUUGUCACAAUAGGCAGUGGGUACAUCUUUGCCACUACUGGCUAUGGGAUUGCUCUCCAGAAAGGAUCACCUUGGAAGAGACAAAUUGAUCUCGCCCUCCUUCAGUUUGUGGGAGAUGGGGAAAUGGAAGAGUUAGAAACCCUGUGGCUGACUGGUAUUUGUCACAACGAGAAGAACGAAGUGAUGAGCAGCCAGCUGGACAUCGACAACAUGGCAGGAGUGUUUUACAUGCUCGCAGCAGCCAUGGCACUCAGCUUAAUAACCUUUGUCUGGGAGCAUUUAUUUUACUGGAAACUUAGAUUCUGCUUCACUGGAGUCUGCUCAGAUAGGCCGGGAUUGCUGUUCUCAAUCAGCAGGGGUAUUUACAGUUGCAUUCAUGGAGUACACAUUGAAGAGAAGAAGAAGUCUCCUGACUUUUCUUUGACCAAUUCACAAACCAACAUGUUAAAACUGCUGCGAACAGCAAAAAACAUGACCAAUAUCAACCCUCCAAGAAUUGACUCUCCCAAAAGAACAGCUGAUUUCAUUCAGAGGGGUUCUUUGAUUAUGGACAUGGUCAUGGAUAAGGGAAACUUGAUAUUUUCUGAUAACAGAUCUUUUCAGACAAAGGACAACUUUUUUGGUGACAACAUAAGUGAACUGCAGACGCUUCCUGGCAAUCGACACAAGGACAAUCUGAACAACUAUGUUUUCCAAGGGCAGCAUCCUCUCACACUGAAUGAAUCCAAUCCAAAUACAGUAGAGGUUGCAGUAACAACAGAAGCAAAAGUGAACUCUCGACCCAGGCAGCUUUGGAGGAAAUCUGUCGAAUCUUUACGCCAAGAUUCUGUACGUCAGGGCCAAGGUUCCCAGAGAGAAAAUGGGUCUGAGGAAAACAGGCAGCUUUCAUUGAAAAGCCAAAGAUACCUUCCUGAAGAGAUUGUCCAUUCAGAUGUCUCAGAGACAUCAAGCAGAGCUACUUGCCACAUGGAAGCUGAAAACAACAACAAGCACCACAAAACCAAGGACAAUUUUAAAAAAAGGACAGUAGCAUCAAAAUACCCAAAAGACUGUAGUGACGUGGAACUGACAUAUCUGAAAACCAAACAGGGCUCUCCACGGGAUAAAAUCUACACGAUUGAUGCUGACAAGGAGCCAGGAUUCCGCUUGGACACACCUCAGUACAUCGAAAACAUUGUCCUUCCAGAACCUGUAGAGCUUCCUGAUGUUUACCAAGAUCACAACGACAACUACAGGAAAGCCGAAAAGGCCAACAGGACUCCAUCACAUAAUGAAGACAGUCUUCCAAAUAAUGACCAGUACAAACUUUAUGGAAAGCACUACACUCUCAAAGAAAAAAAUACUUCCCUAGGUGACAUGAACGAUAGGUACAGGCAGAAUUCCACCCACUGCAGGAGCUGUCUCUCCAACAUGCCCACCUACGCAGGGCACUACUCGACCAGAUCUCCCUAUAAAUGCGAUGCAUGCUUGCGGAUGGGGAACCUCUAUGAUAUUGAGGAAGAUCAGAUGCUGCAGGAUACAACGAACUUAUCACUUCCUGAAGAAAUAUAUGAGCGUACUUGGUCACAAAGUAGUGCUCUGCAAUAUCAUAAAAAGAAUAAACUGAGGAUUAGCAGGCAACACUCUUUUGAUAAUAUCGCUGAUAAGUCCAGGGAAAUUGAUAUUGGAAGACCUUCUCGUAGUAUAAGCUUGAAAGAAAGAGAGAAAUUUCUUCAAAGUAGUCCAUAUGCAAGCAUGUUUAGUGUUCCCUCAAGCAAACUGUUGAGCAACAAGGCCUCACUUUUAACUCAUGCUCUGGAGGACAGUAAGCGGAGCAAGUCCCUGUACGCUGUUCACUCGGAUGAUAACCCCUUCCUGCACUCCUAUCGUGAUGACCAGCAUUUAUCUCUUAGGCGAAGUCCAGCUGAUCUUUAUAAACAUUCAUUGCCAACAAGAGGAAGAAAUGAUAAUUAUUUAAGGUCAUCCAUACAGUCUACAGCAUCAUACUCUUCCAGGGAUGGUCGGAUCCAUAAUGACAUGUACAUUUCAGAGCAUGUUUUGCCUUACGUUGCAAAUAGGAAUAGCUUUUACUCAACUCCAAGGGUUUUAAACUCCUGUAGCAAUACACGUGUGUAUAAGAAAAGGCCUAGCAUUGAAUCAGAUGUUUAAAUUUUCCAUGAACACUUUAUCUAUAGGGAAGGAAUAGUUGCCACCAUCUUAGAGGGAGAAUUUUUCCUUUAACAGUAUCCUGCUCUGGUAAAUGAUACGUAAACCUCUCCCUUUCCCAAUGUACUUUUGUACAUGAAUAGGUAAACUGGUAUGCUCUGAUCUAUCCUUUUAAAAUAUGUCUUGUUAAAAAGGAUAAAAUCCAGCCAUUUAUGUGUGCUUUAUAUAUAAAUGGCAAGUUGUACUGAAAUAGCCCCAAUAUAUGUUGGCAACUAUGCUGUUUUGUACCUAAUUAUUUUACUAUUUCGGUUAUUCUAAUUUAUGUUGCUAAGUAUCAUUCAAUGUACUUUUGUCCUUAGAAAUGUUUAAUGAUUUUCUAGUACUGGAUAAGCAAUAUGGUAUGCAUGUAGUAUGACACAGACAACAAGAAAUAGGGAUGCAUUUGCACAGAUUCAAAAGUAAAAGAGAACAGGAAGAUAAGACUUCAAAAAAUAUAUUUUAGCUUCAUAAUCAUUUUCAAAACCAAAUAAUAAUUUAAAAAAAACCCAAACCCCAAGACCUUAAUAAAUAAAAUACAGUGUGUUAGCACAAAAUUAGGAUGUUCCUUCUAGACUGACAGACAGUAGAUGGGAAGGCAGUAACCCCAAACAUGUGAACUGCUGUGUACCAAAAGGAAGCCCCACAGAUAUUGGUUAAUGUUCAUGUACAAAUGCUUUUCUUAUAUUGCACAUGCACUUACCAUUACAAAGUUCAUUGAAAAGUUUGCAGUAAUCGUGUCAGAAAUUUCACAGCUGCCUAAUCCAGAGUAUAUAUUUUUAGAUAUCACUAUAUGGCACUUACUAUGGAGCUGUGGACUUUAUUAGUAACCUUGAGGCCUAAUGUGUACGUAAGUUUGCAUUUGCCCCUUACUGGUGAUUACUCAGGGCUGUAUAGUAUUUCUUUUAUUCUUUCACUCCCCAAACCAAAUACCAACCCACUGUAGUUCUUUGUUCAUAGUGUAUUAGUGACAACUAAUUAAUUGUAUAUUAAUAGUACUAAAGCUGUUAAUACAGUAUCAAACACCGACAGCCAUAAGUUCAGUGUGGUCAGUGAGGAGCGUGGUACCAUUUAUUUCCAUACACAGAGAAGGAUUAACACCUCUGGAAGGACUUCUUCCUUCCACAAUAUUGUGCAUAUUUGUUGAACAUCAGACCAUUUUUCUAACCUCUCCAAUCAAGUCUGUUGUAUAAAGUGAAUAUAUGCACACGUAACUAAGAAACAGUAUCUUUAUUAUCACUUAGUGAUACACAAAGGUAUUCACAUAACAGGGAUGCAUUGUUGUAUGACUUUUCCUUCUAUAGAUGUCAAUCAGAUUAUUUCACAAAUAAAACGUCUGCUACACACCCCUCCUUACCCUCACUGGAAUAAAAAACCCACUAGAUUUUAACCAUACGGGAGCAUGAAAGGGAGGAGAGGAAGCCUUUCAGGAGAUGAGUGUACAGCUGCAAAUUUAAUUUCAACUAAAGAAGUAAAUAUAAUUACUAAUACAUUUAACCUUUUAACUACUGAAAGUGUUCCAGAGGUGGUGCUCUCCCAUUUUCCUGCUACUCUGAGAAUUGCUUUAGGAUUUUUGUGUAGACAAAAUUUAGAUUAUUUAAGCAUUAUUCCCUCCAUUUCACUGAAGAGCAGUGAGCAGGGAAACCAUUAGCACUGUGAAUUGGAAAAUGUGAAUAUUAUCCUAACUUUUCUCUAAACUGAAACUCUUUUCAACAGAAUCGUGCCUGUCAGCUGUAAUUGAAGCAUCUGCAUGCCAGAGGUGCAGUAUGCGAGGUGUUUAAUUUAGAACAGCAUACUGCAGAGCAGAGUCGCAAAUGGGAGAUAAUGUAAAUGAUGUGUAGGGAUAGUCAAAAUAAAGCUUCUUGAAUUUUGUUUACAGCUUUUUUUUUUUUUUUUUUUAACAGAUUUAAACUGACUUUGGCUAUCAAAGUCCAGAAUGAGUUCUUGGUAUUUGCAAAUGUAUUUGUACCUUCACUGUGAUGGUGAAGGAUGAUAUUUUUUUAAGAAAUGAAAUGUAAUAACAUUUGGGCUUCCGAGUCUCUUUCCAGCUUCCAAAAAUCUCAGUAUACUUUAUUAUAAGUAUGAUCAGAAAGCAUAUCUAUGGGUAUCUCUAUGCUGUUUGAGUGAAAAUGUGUUUUGGGUAUUCUUUAUUCAACAUAUGGUCAUAAUUAUUGGCCCUGAUUCACAUGGGAUGCUUUCUGAUUCCUCAGAGGAAGAGAGAAUUUUUUUUUUUUUUCAAAUAAAAACUCCUGGAGGGAGUUUUUAAAAAAACAGAAGUUCCUUACCUGCCCUUAGAGAGACUCAGAUUUCUUAGGAAGCGUUGUGUGAGCUAAGCAGGGUUAGGAUGUCUAUGGGAUGAACACUACUUGUCAUGAACCCAAACCUUUUCCCAAAGACACAAGUAUGCUUUGCUCUUAUGUCUACAGGAAGGCAAAUGCACUGAAGGCAUAAUGUUGUAAUGACUGUAAUAAAAGUAUUUCAGCCAAAUUUUAAUGUCCAGUCCAAAUCACAGUAUAUUAACUAAAAUCCAAAGUGUUUUGAACUAUCUGAUGUGUUUCAGCAGAUAUGAUAUUUGCUGAUGUCAUGCCAAAUCCUGCCAUGGAAGUUGCUGAGCAUUUUACCCAGUAAAUCAUAAAACUCAGUGGUGGCUCUUGUCUUUCACAUCAUCAUUAAGCUCUCAAGUAUUUGUUGAUCGCUCCAAGUCUUUUGUAUCAUCAUCUCUAUCUAACCAGGCACACAUUAUUCCAUAUUUAUAUGAGUACUGUAUGGGAAGCUGUGGGAAACAAAAAAUCCCAUUUACAUUUUCUCUCUUGAGAUUCAGUUGUAAACAUCCUCAACCCAGGUGGAUUUAUCUUUCUGUGAAAUGUACAAGCAAAUUAGUUACAACAAAAUAUAUUGCAGUGUUUGAUUUUUCUGAUUUGAGCGGAUUUCUGGUGACUGUAGAGAUUUAUUAUUAAUAUCUGCAAUAUGCGAUACAACCACCUGCCCUAAACCAAAAUAACGAGACUAAGGGAAGACUUGAUAAUGUUGCACAGCAGUUGUUCACAUGGAAAUAUAAGAUGCUGCCUUAAAGAGGGAAAAAACCCCACCAGAUACUGAAAGUAGAGGGAGUAAGAGUCUGCAUGCUUUUGUUGUUUUGAUCUUGGCAUAAAUCCGAGUCGAUAAAGGGGAAAGGAGAGCUGAGGCAGGGCUGUGGGCAGUAACCGGUGUGCUUGCAGAUGUGCUCAUGUAAAGAAGAAGCAGCUGAGAAGUUGAAGAAAAAUCUUCAACAGAGCCACAAGCCACAGCUUGUGAGGCUCAGCCUAGAGCGCGUGGAAUUCUGAAUUUUGCCUGAGCUUUGUUGAUAUAUUUGCACUGACUUUCAAUUAAACCGAGAUCAAGACUUUCUGUAUUUCCCUCUCUCUCACUCUAGCUGCUGCUAUACUUGAAGAGGAGAAAAGAAUCUUCCUGCAUAAGUGGCCAUCCUUUCUGUACCUUUCUGGAUGGUGCUGGUGACUUGUUACAUUUUCCUGAUUACAGCUCUAGCAGUUUGUUGGUCAUUCCUAUCACCACGAUUUCCUGUGACUCCAGCUGGAACUGAAUCAGGCUGUAAAUGAUAUGGGCCAUUCUUGGUAGCAUGUCCUGUAGUGUUACACUGCUCCUGGACGACACCUUUUGUGGAGGCAGGAUAUUGAAUUGCUGAGGAAUGCAGUAGGUACAUGGAGGUAAAAACAGCUAUGUAGACAUACCUGCCUCUUGCUUUUUUCCCCUCUUUUAAAGAUAUUGUAGAAUUUCUUCAUGUUUUUGUCUUUCCCUUUUCACCACAGUAAAUUUUCCUUUUUUCUCUCAAAUAGAUUUUGUGUUCUGCUUGUGUUUCUUAGAACAGUGUAGCCACCCACUAAUUUAAAAGCAUGGAAAUAAGAUAUUUUAGUACAUAAGAUAAAAUUAAGGAAAAUUAAGAAAUUUUGCAUUUCUGGAAAAUUUAAUUUAAUGUUUUUGCAGCUUUUGCUCAGAAUUCAUUACUCUGCUAUCUAAGAAGCUUGGUUAGGAAAAAGAGUGCUGUGGACAAACAGAAAUGAAAUCACCGCCAGCUCACUGUGUUUUGGCAGCAUCUCAUAAAUACAUGUCUCUUUAUGGUCUUUCAGGAACACUUAAGAGGUGAAAUAAGGCUCACAAGAGAAAUCAGGUGUGGUUGUUUUGUUUUCUGUUUUUUUUUUUUUUUCCUGAUAGAAGCAAAUAAUUUUAUACAAUUUUAAAGGAAGAAAAGGCUAGAGGCUGAGUGAGUAGCUUUGGGUUCCUGUGCUGGAAGGCUAAGCUCUGUUAUCAGUGCAGGGAGAGAGAGAGAGAAAGCAAGAGAAAGCAAGCUUCCUGUGGAUGGAAGUGCAGAGGACUGAAGGCUCUGGAGCAGUUAUGUGGGGGAUAUGUCCUGGAAUAUAUUACCUCUUUCUGUUGACUUUUUGGAAAGUAUAGGUUCCUAACUCAGGUAGCUCAGUUAGGUGGGCUUAGAAAAGCAAUGGUCUGUUUAUCCCCAGCCUCAAAAAUCUGCCAGCGAGUCCCAGGUUCAGCCUUGGAGGUGCUAUAGGUUCCUGUGCUCAUGCAAAUGGGGUUUUUGUUGGGGUUUGCAAUACCCCCUGCAUAGUUGGGAUACUAAUUUGCUUUAUGCUAUGUGACAACCCAGUAUGGGAGAAAAGUGUCAGAAUCUAAUCCUUGCGUAAUAAGUUGCUGCUUUCAUAUUUCUGCAGUGUAGCACAGGCACCUUAGAGAUGGGGAAGAUUUUGGUACUGUUCCCUCCUUGCUGGGUUUAUCAACGUAGAACAGAAAUUGUGUCACAAAUCUAAGGGUCUGAGAAUCUGCCUGGAUUUAGGAAGAAUUCAAGAGGCAAUUUUUUUUUGUUUUGUUUUACACUGCAUUUAAGAUAUUUGAUAUAUAAAACCUAGUGAAAACAGAACUUUUAUGAAAAAAAUCCUCUCCUACUUAAUAUAAAAUAACUAUCCUGUGCCUUGGCUAGAAUGUGUCAAAUGUUAAUCAUCACAUUGUGUGCUUCUUUCAAGAUGAGUGUCAUACAUUCCCUUGCUGAACUUUCCCAGCUCUGGUCCUAUCUUAGCUCAAAAGUCCUUUUAAAGCAGAUACCUUUCCUGAGUAGGGCAGUCUGGUUUGCAACAUAAAAACAGUUUUCCAGGGAUAGACUUAAAUGGUUUUGUUUUGCUUUGUUUGUUUUGUUAAUCUAAACUUAGAGAGCUGAGCCUUCCAAAUUUAGCAGUACUGAAGGAACUUCUGAAAGAACAUAAAGGCCUUUCAAAGUCUGACUUAUGAUACGAGCCAUUUCCCUGCCCAAACUCACCUGUACUGUCUUAUUUAAAUGUACUGGCCACAUGUCAGCAUUUGAGGGAGCUCAGUUUAAUCACAGCUGUGUAUUUCUUUGUGAUGUGGAUGUAAGUACAGACAGGAACGUGGUGUGAUGGAAGAAAGGCUCGACGUGCUCUGGCUGGAGUCACAUGUGAAGCUGUGGUUAAAUGGGAGUAGCCUCACGACCGUGCUGUCUCUUACAUGUUUCUGGUCAUGCAGAGUCUCUGUCUGAUGUGCCCAUAGUGUACAUGGUGUGAAGCUCCUGUCGAGUUCCUCAGCUGUCCUUGUGGAGCUGCUCCCACGCUCGCCCCAUUCCCGUGUCGCAGCGGUGUCUGUCAGAGGGGAGGUGGCUGCUUGUGCUCUCCGAUGUCUUGGCCCGACUCAAGGGGAGCUGCAAUCCUGCCCUGCUUCUCCCUGCUCUGCUGGGGAGGGUUCCUGCACUCUCUGUAAAUAAGCUCUUCAUUUAUUUCCCUCCCUCAAGCUUUAACUUUUUUUUUCCCCCUGCUUCUCUUGACCUGUGUACAGAGUAUGCGCUCUAAAAAUAUGUGCUCUUCCAAAGUCCUGUGACUUUGGAAGCCAGGAAUACAGGUGUGCAUCACCCUGCAAUGCAGUGAAAAUGCACUUGGUUCUCCUCGUGGGAUCAUGAGCUUUUUUUGUUCCAUGCUGCAGAAUGUAACCACCAUGGUUGAAACUGUUUUCUUUUUAAAUUUCUGCCAUUCUAACAGCUGUAAGAAUCCACUGCUGAUUUUGUGAUGAUUUUGUCAUAUCUAUAAUUUAAGAACGAGAGAUAAUAUAAGUAAAAAUAAGUUACCUCACUAUUUACCAGGUUUUGUUGUUUUGCGCUUAAAUGACAAUUUUUACUCCUUUUGCUUAAUUCUUUACCUGUAUUGGAAACAAGGCUAAAUUAGUAGAGAAUAUAGCCAUGCUGUAACAUUGUCAUGCAAUACCUUUAUUAAUAGAUAACCACACUAAAUAUAGUAUUACAUAUUUAAAAGAGAGAUGGGUUUGACUCUCCAACUCUUAAAAAGUAGUGGUGAUAAGCAGUUAUACUACUAGAUGUUUUGUCCUUUCCCUUUUGUAUUAGUAUUUGUUUUCACUAAUAUAUUUCAAAAACUAUAUUUCUGUGCACGUUAGAAAACUGUGAAAAUAAAUACCAAUAAAUAUUGUGAUACUUAUUCAGUGCACUGUAAAGUUCCAAGUGAGAUGAUACUUUGCUUUUGGGAAUUGAAAGUUUCCUCACUUCUCAGAAAUGGUACUAAGCUUUAAUGUGGGAAAAUGGUAAUAUUUACAGUGACAUGAAAUUUUAAUGGAGAAUGUCUUGUUUUGCACUUCUGGUACUAUUAGAAGAAAUGAUAUGUUUUUCUCAGCAAAUGCAUUAUGAGAUUACAUUUUAAAAUUUGUUUUGUGCAUUGCAGUACAUAAGAAUAACCGCUUUGAAGAGCUUUGUGUUACUUCAUUAUUACAGCAUUCUUUUGUCUGAUAUCUUUUUUUCCUGAGCCUGUUGAAUAAUGGUGUUUAAUGCAAAAAACCUUUUUGGGAAUGUAUUUUGGCUUCUGUCUCACAUUGCAAACCCUGAACUUGGACUCGUAGUGAUGCAGUCGAAGGCCCUGGUGAGGCUGCUCUGCCUUUCUGCGCUCCUGGGGACAGGGACCUUCCUUGUUCCCAGCUGGGAUGAGAUUAGAGGAGUCCAGAACAGUUUUGGAGGAUGUGCUGUGCAACAAUACAAGUGUAAAUGAUCUUCAAAAGUGAAAAUAAAAAGAAAUUGGAGGUUCACAGUUAGCCACAUUGGUUGGGGGAUGGUCUGUGACAGGGGUCUGCAGUUCCUGGAGGAGAUGAUAAUUUUUAACUGAAGUAAUUUGAAUUCUACUUAAGUUUCUGAAAGUAACUGAGAAAGCAGGAGUUUCCUUUUUCUUUUAAAGCCAAAGUCUUUAUGUUUUCAUAGGAGGUUUCACAGGAAAAUGGGCCAAAGAAUACAAUUAAAUAUGCAAAUGGUUAAUCCUAUGGAAAAGGGUAUCCUGUUAUCUUGAUAUGCACAAGCAUAUUAAUGGUAAUAGGAACAAUAUGUGUAAUUUUCCUGUAUAUUGCUAUGUAGGUUGCACUAUUUUGAAUGACACAAGCCUGAUAUUUUAAUUACCAAAUACCAUAAGAUGCUGUUUAUUAAUAGUUUAAACUUGUUAACCUAAAUAUAUAUACAGUAUACACAGGCGUGCGUGCAUACACCUUCCAACCCAGUCAUGCGUGAGUAAUCUCCCAGAGCUGUGGGACACAUUUCAGAAGUGCUUUAUUUUAAGUGGUUUUCUCCUUUCCAAACCUCCCACAUGUAGAAAUUCUCUAGCAGCUGUUAUUGCAGUGUUUGAUACUGGGUACAGAAGGGGCUAAAGGACUGGUUUGGGUCAGGAUUGCUCUGUGCUAGGACACAUGAGACACAUUCAGAGAGUUGCUGUCCAAACUGAUGCUUGCUGUAAUGACCAAGCCAUAGGAAAAGGAUGGCUUUUCAUGCUGGUUUAAAAAUCUUGGCCAGAGAGGCUCUAUUGGCCUGAUGACUGACCUUAAACUCAGUGUGGCCUUAAACUCGGUGUUAGCUCAUGUGAUCCACACCUGGUCAUCUGUUACUUAAGGCAGCUGAGGGAGGAUCCUUCAGAACAAAAUCCCCAGGGAAGAGGAGCUGCUAUGUGCACCAGUGUGUUCUCCCAUGCAGACUGGGCAGGCUCAAAAUGGGUUUUGCAUGCCAGGCAGGAUUUAGCAGUGGUGAGUAAGGCACAAUCACAUCUCUCCAUGCACAGGCUUUUGUGCUUGCUAGUACUGGUGAUGUGGAGAUUUCCACCGAAGGAUAAGUGUGGAAAUGGCUUCUUUUCUAAAUUUAUACUGCUCUAACUAAAACUUAAAAAAUACCUUGGAAUCAUUUGUUGGAAAUAAUUACUGUGCUGUUUUUGAAAGAGAAAGUUGUAUAAUUGCCAACUUUUCCACCUUAACCAAGAAACAAUAAAUUCUGUAGGGUCAGAUUUUAUUUACUGUUCAUUGCAAGUAUGUUUUGCAGCAGAACUGGGUUUCAAGAAAGUUUUUGCUUAGCCUAUUAUUACCUGGUCUAGGUUUGGAUUCCAAAUGUGAACAAAACACCUCUUGACUUAAAUAGGGGUGUUUGAGGGAGUGAUGGGAGGGCAGAUCCUGAGUGCAGCUCACGCUCAGAUUUUAAAAAUCCCCAUGCUUUAAAACCUCAUAUUGCAAAGGUUUGGAAAUUUCAUCAUGGUGAAUUGUGUGCAGCUAGGAAGGAAACCAGUGCAAUUCCAGUAAGAGCUGUUAGCACUUUAUACUUGAUAUCAGGUAUCAUACUUUGGAAUAGUCUUGCUCAUUUCAGAACAUCCAUUUUGCACCAAUAAUGAACAGCCUGAUCCCUCUGUCUUCACACUCACACCCACAUGCACAGCGGAUCUCGUGCCUUCCCUGCUAAAACCAGGAGGCACAAACAGAAUUCAUUAAUAUCUUAGGCAAACUCCCACCUGAUUCUUAACCCAUCACUGCAUUUUAUGCAAAAUUUGCAUCCAUACAUGUCAGGGUCUCACAAGCACUUAACCUGUGAGUGAAUAAUGUUGAUUUUAACUCAUCAGAUUCAAAUUCACACUAAACCUUGAGGGCAUUUUUGUGCUUCCUUUCAUCUUUAAGGAUAUUUGUGGGCUUAGAUGAAACACUAAUAUUUCUGUGCUGCUAAACAAAACCCACCAGAAAUAUUUUAAAAAUCUCAAAUUACACUUUGAAAACCAUUUUUACCUGUUUACUUGAAUAAUGUAAAUUUAAUGUGUUGUCUCGAACAGUUAUUGUACAUAUACAUGUGUAUAUAUAUAAGCUAUAUAUAAAUAUGUAUAUGUAUAAAGUUUUUUGGGGGAAAUGAGGGGCAAGACAGAAAUCCAGAGUUGUGACAAAGAUUCUAUAAUAAUUAAUUACCAGUUUCAAGUAAUGUAUUUUUUUUGAGUUUGAUUAGAAGUUAUUUGCAGUUGAAAUAUGAAAAAUGAAAUGCAAGUGAGAAAAAGAGAAUUCACUAUAUUAACUUAGGAUUUUUUUAACAAAGAAAAUUAGUUACUGGUACAGUUGGAAGAAUAUUCUUUUUUUUUUUUGAUGGAAGAAAAGAACUCCAGGUGCAAUAGUUUGUAUCAGUUACAUGGAGCACUAUCCUACAUUGCACUAGGAGAAAUUUGCAUGCCAAAAAUAAAAUUCUACCAGAAUCUUGGAACUAUUCAAUUCCAUACACAGUAAACUAAAAAUCCUGUCACUUCUGUUAUUUACUAGUACAAUUUGCUGUGAGUCUCAAAAGUGUCAUACAUUAAACCAAAGGCUAAGUCAAAUUUCCAGUUACUAGCAAAGAAUAGUAGAGAUUUGAAGAGCUCUUAACACCUGGGGAAACAAAUCAGGAUGUUAGAGUAGAAAUAAAAGAAUAUUGGUGAAGUGGAAUCAACCAUAAAAUAAUUAUUUUUUUAGAGAAUCCAGAAUUUCAUUAGAAAAUUCACAAUUUAAUGGAUUCUUCAAAAGAAAGGGUUUGGGGGAAAGAGAAGAUUUAAAAUCUAAUUUUGACAUUCCAAUUACUGCCUGUUUUUUUAGCUAGGUUUAGCAAGGUGGAAUGAAUUUGAGCACACACAGUUUCAGCUGCUGUGUGGCACAGACACGUGAACACCCAGCUCCCCCUGCAGCCUCUGCCCCUUCCUCUGAGAUCUGGGGGAGGCUGGAGCUGCCCCAGAGCAGGGGGGGAACUGGGAGUCACACUCCUCUCUCCUGUGUUCACAUCCUGUCUCACUGCAGUUCACCCUGACCAUAUUCUAACCCAGUGCAUGACUGAGUGCUAAUACUGUAUAAAUAUUUUGAAACAUAUCUUAAAAAAAAAAAAGUUUGCUUCAAACUUUUUAUGAUAGAGAAAUAUAUAAUUAUUAUGGUUGUCUGACAAAUUGUAUUGUGUUCAUUUUUUUUUUGUUAAAUAUGUAGAAAAACAUUAAGGGAAUGGGGGACUUGAAUGUCUGUGUGUACUGAAAUGUAUAUAAUUAUUUGGAAGAACACAUGUGCCAAGUAUAACAUGAUGUAAAAAUUGUAAAUAUAUGAAAAAUUCAUUUUUCUAAUAAAGAUAAUUUCUGCCAAUUAAUAUGAAAAGGAA